ACAGUGAGGAGUUUGGUUGCGGCUGUGCUGAAAGAGAAGGGCCAGAAUGAGAGGAUCGGCCAGUCCUCCACCCAGGUAGGUGUCUGACUUUGACAUUUGUAUCUGAGUAUCACGUUUGUUUGUUUGAGUGUGAAGCUGUGCCCCAGGCUGUAACCAUUUGUUUCUGACUGACCCGCUGUGUUUUUGAUCGAUGCAUUGUGUUUAUGACUGUGUCUCUGACUGUGUCUGAUUCCUGGCUGUGGAGGCCCUGUGGGAGCAGUGCCAUAGUGACUGUGCCUCUGCUCUGUCUCCUGUGUCUUUGACUGUGUCUGACUCUGUUGCAGGGCACAGCCGUGGAGGCCCUGUGGGAGCAGUGCUGUAGUGACUGUGCUGCGGUGCGCUCAGCCUGCUGUGACGCCCUGGUGCUCCUGGUAGAGCAGGCCCACGCCGACCUGCACUAUGUACUCAACAGCAUCCUCAACCUCCUGCCCUCCGCCAGGUACCGCACGUGUCCACGCAUGCACACACGAGGGUUUCCAUUAGGAAAAUGUGGCGCCGGACAAUUGACUGGCAGCAUUUUAAUUGACCGGACAUUUGAGAAAUUGACCGGACCCAUAUGCUUUGGGUGCGUGACCUGAUUAGGGCAUCCACCCACGGUGCUCAGAAUGACAGAAAUCACAUUUAGAUUCUGGUAAUUUAUAUUAACAGAACAUGCAAGUCAAGGAUGCAACGAUGUGUGGUCCUUCUUUCAUUCUGAUGUGCACUUUGAAGAUGUUAGAAUAACUGUCCACAUUUACUCUUUCUCAGCCAGCAAGACGAGUAACGAACAGCAAAAUCACUAGCCUAUGUCAAUCUACUAUCCCCCAUAGUAAAAAAGUUGACCUAUUCUAUUGGUCAGCUUGUCAAGAAAGAAAUAGCCUAUGCCGAACCAGACUCUGGGACCGUUUUGGGACGAUAGAUCCCAAAUUCAUACAACCAAUAGGCCUAGGCUACAUUUUAAAAGUAAAAAAGCAAUGAGGCUGAUGCAACAGAUCAGAACGUUUAGCUUAAAAUGUUGAUCAACUAUUAUUUAAUCAUAUUAUAAACGCAGCCAAGCGCACAAGGCAGCAGGCUACGCUCAAAUGUUUGUUCCAUAAUGCAAUUAACGGGAAAACACCGUUGUUAAAGCCCACCGCACAUGCAAGUGUUUUCAUGUGACAGAGAUGAAAAUAUCCAUUAGAAAUUUUGAAAGAGGGGAGAUCUAAUAUGCAACAACUAGCAUCGGUUGCAUGACUAGGAUUGUGCCUUUGGCUACUGGACAAUGAAAGAAAGUUAAAAUAAUUGCCUCCGGAUAUGGUCUAAUUUUGGCAAGGUAAGACAUGCCUCAUAAUAUGUAGUAAAACUUUCAGGUUUCAAACAAUUAAGCAUUUGUUUUCAAAAUGCGUACUGCCUCUAGCUCAUUACAAAGUGGUGUGUGAUACGCUGAUGAAGCCUGCCUUCCGUUGCCAAUGCAUGCUGUUUGAGAUGAUGUAGCAACAGCUCUCGUGUUGUCUGACAGAUUUUCCACUCAAAGGCUCUAUCUGUAUGCUGUACACGUGUGAUAAAUAAGAUACAUAACUAAUAUACUGUACACACGAGGCAAUUUAAUUCCACAACAUUAUGCAAAUUAACCUAUAGACCGCUAAGCAUGAUCAGUCAAAUAUAUUUCCAUCAAUUAAUAGGCUAAAAAGCAUAAUUUCGCAAUGAGAUUUUUCUUUCUUCUCCCGGACAAUUGACCGGAACCAGUUUUUUAUUUAUCUCUUUUCACAUUUUUUAUAGGCCAAAAGCUGGCUAUUACUGGCUAACGGAAGCCCUGGGGCGCACGCACACGCACAAUUCAGAAAAUAUGUCUCAGCGUGUAUUACAACCUUUAUUACACAUGUGCUCAGAGAGUUCAGACAGACUUGAUUAGAGUUAGACUCAUAAAAAUGAUCUGCUACUGUUGUUCUUCUAUUAAGACAGCCUCCCCCACCCUGUGGAGGUCUUAACAGAUCUUAGCCAUACUGUCAGACGUGCCCCUCCCCUAUCUCUCUGUGGUUGAACACUUAUCAGGACAUCCUGUUACACAGCAUUGUCACGCCAAACUGUAGAGCAGUUGAUCGUGCUAUAUUAAGUCAUUUUGAAACCCCUUAGUAGUUCUGUAGCAUUGAGAAUGCUCUCACUGUAAUAUGGUAACAAAGUCAUUUCACUGAGGAGGGGACACGCUGUCUUUGCCACUCGCCAAGCUGCUGCUGCUGACUUUGAGCUAUUGAUCGUGCUUAGGUAAUGGCCAUCGCAGCAGGAAAUGGAACGCCAAACAGCUUGUGACCUUUCCCGUCUCGGAUAUUAUGGCAUGCGUCGUCUAAUAUCAUUGUGUAAAUGUUAGGUGUGCUACUCUUACUGCAGUGCUCACCAACCGGUGAAUUCGCAAGGCACAUUUUUUCAAUUCGCCAUUGCGCUGUUGGCGGUAUGUGCACUUGAUUCAGAAGCCCUGCGCUGGAUAGGCAAAGUGUUCCCGUUUUGAACUAUUUCAUUUGUCUGAAGAAACAAACUCUGCCUACCCGGCGGACCAGGAGAGCUAAAUCAAGUUCUCCUACUGCGCUGGCCAAUCAGAUAGCUUAAAUCUCUGUGACUACCGCUUCCACAACCCCACAGCAAAGUUUGUCCAGUGUGAAGGAAGUUAGAGGAAGUUUUGCGAGCCAAUGCUAACUAGCGUAAGUGCAAUGACUGGAAGUCUAUGGGUAUCUACUAACAUGGCAUAAAAAUGGGAUCCACGAGUUCAUCUGACUCUGAGGAAGUAGAUAAAGGGACUCAUUGCCAACAUCCCGCAGUAUCCCUUUAAUGUUAUAGGUGAGUGAGUGCACACGGGGAAGAAACAGCUUGAAUCUUCAUUUUGAAAGAAAAAUCUGCAUUUAUACUAACAUGGCAUCUCUGUUAUGUUUUAUUCUUACAUUUAGGACUGACAGUCCAAGUCAGUCUAACAAACAUUACAGACAUAUCCCUCUUCAUCUGGGAUCUGAAAUAGCGACCAGUCCCUCUCAACGCAAUGUGACAUCUGGUUAUCAUGUACGACUCAGUAACACAGUGGCCACCAACAUUUUCUGAAUCAAGAUCACUUUCGGAGUCAAAAACCAAGCUGAGAUCUACCGCUCAGAUUUAAAAAAAGAACAUGACUUAAAGGGAUAUGUCUGGAUUUAUCUACUUUCCCAUAGUCAGAUAAACUAGUGGAUACCAUUUGUAUGUCUCUGUGUCCAGUAUGAAGGAAGUUAGAGGUAGUUUCGCGAGAGAAUGCAAACUAGCGUUAGCGCAAUGACUGGAAGUAGAUACUCAUAGACUUCCAGUCAUAGCGGUAACGAUAGCUAGCAUUGACGCACAAAACUACCUCUAACUUCCUUCAUACUGGACACAGACAUAAAAAUGGUAUCCACAAGUUCAUCUGACUCUGGGGAAGUAGAUACAGGGCCUUAUUGUCAAAAUCCCAAAGUAUCCCUUUAACGUCCUCUGCAUAGUAUAGGCCUAAGCUAUCUGGGUUCUGUAAACUGCUAGUUAUACCUCUGGCCUUUUUUUUCUGUUUCUUAUGAACAGGAAUGUGCAGGGGUUGAUAAAAGUGAUAGGAAGGCUUCUCCAGAUGCAAGCGGACCAGCGAGACAAAGGAACGCCCUUCACUUGUCCCUACUCCAUCAGGUUAGUCCACUUCACUUGUCCCUACUCCAUCAGGUUAGUCCAUUUCACUUGUCCCUACUCCAACAGGUUAGUCCACUUUACUUGUCCCUACGCCAAUAGGUUAGUCCACUUCACUUGUAACAGCUCAAUCAGGUAAUUCCAUGGUUGCCAUGGCGCCUAGUGGCAGCCUUGGUAGUUUACUCCUGCAAAACGUAUCCUUAAUUACAGUGAGGGAAAAAAGUAUUUGAUCCCCUGCUGAUUUUGUACAUUUGCCCACUGACAAAGACAUGAUCAGUCUAUAAUUUUAAUGGUAGGUUUAUUUGAACAGUGAGAGACAGAAUAACAACAAAAAAAUCCUAAAAAACGCAUGUCAAAAAUGUUAUGAAUUGAUUUGCAUUUUAAUGAGGGAAAUAAGUAUUUGACCCCUCUGCAAAACAUGACUUAAUACUUGGUGGCAAAACCCUUGUUGGCAAUCACAGAGGUCAGACGUUUGUUGUAGUUGGCCACCAGGUUUGCACACAACUCAGGAGGGAUUUUGUUCCACUCCUCUUUGCAGAUCUUCUCCAAGUCAUUAUGGUUUCGAGGCUGACGUUUGGCAACUCGAACCUUCAGCUCCCUCCACAGAUUUUCUAUGGGAUUAAGGUCUGGAGACUGGCUAGGCCACUCCAGGACCUUAAUGUGCUUCUUCUUGAGCCACUCCUUUGUUGCCUUGGCUGUGUGUUUUGGGUCAUUGUCAUGCUGGAAUACCCAUCCACGACCCAUUUUCAAUGCCCUGGCUGAGGGAAGGAGGUUCUCACCCAAGAUUUGACGGUACAUGGCCCCGUCCAUCGUCCCUUUGAUGCGGUGAAGUUGUCCUGUCCCCUUAGCAGAAAAACACCCCCAAAACAGAAUGUUUCCACCUCCAUGUUUGACGGUGUGGAUGGUGUUCUUGGUGUUAUAGGCAGCAUUCCUCCUCCUCCAAACACGGCGAGUUGAGUUGAUGCCAAAGAGCUCGAUUUUGGUCUCAUCUGACCACAACACUUUCACCCAGGUCACCUCUGAAUCAUUCAGAUGUUCAUUGGCAAACUUCAGACGGCCCUGUAUAUGUGCUUUCUUGAGCAGGGGGACCUUGCGGGUGCUGCAGGAUUUCAGUCCUUCACGGCGUAGUGUGUUACCAAUUGUUUUCUUGGUGACUAUGGUCCUAGCUGCCUUGAGAUCAUUGACAAGAUCCUCCUGUGUAGUUCUGGGCUGAUUCCUCACCGUUCUCAUGAUCAUUGCAACUCCACGAGGUGAGAUCUUGCAUGGAGCCCCAGGCCGAGGGAGAUUGACAGUUAUUUUGUGUUUCUUCCAUUUGCGAAUAAUCGCACCAACUGUUGUCACCAUCUCACCAAGCUGCUUGGCGAUGGUCUUGUAGCCCAUUCCAGCCUUGUGUAGGUCUACAAUCUUGUCCCUGAUAUCCUUGGAGAGCUCUUUGGUCUUAGCCAUGGUGGAGAGUUUGGAAUCUGAUUGAUUGAUUGCGUCUGUGGACAGGUGUCUUUUAUACAGGUAACAAACUGAGAUUAGGAGCACUCCCUUUAAGAGUGUGCUCCUAAUCUCAGCUCGUUACCUGUAUAAAAGACACCUGGGAGCCAGAAAUCUUUCUGAUUGAGAGGGGGUCAAAUACUUAUUUCCCUCAUUAAAAUGCAAAUCAAUUUAUAACAUUUUUGACAUGCGUUUUUCUGGAUUUUUUUGUUGUUAUUCUGUCUCUCACUGUUCAAAUAAACCUACCAUUAAAAUUAUAGACUGAUCAUUUCUUUGUCAGUGGGCAAACGUACAAAAUCAGCAGGGGAUCAAAUACUGUAGUGAGUGUUGCAACCGAGGACAGACAAUGUUUAUGCGCUACACUCUUCAGCACUCAGCGAUCCCGUUCUGUGAGCUUGUGGCCUACCACUUCACGGCUGAGCCGUUGUUGCACCUAGACGUUUGCACUUCACAAUAACAGCACUUACAGUUGACCGGGGCAGCUCUAGCAGGGCAGAAAUGUGAUGAACUGGCUUGUUGGAAAUGUGGCAUCCUAUGACGGUGCCAAGUUGAAAGUCAACAAGGCCAUUCCAUUCUUCAGUAAGGCCAUUUUACUGCCAAUGUUUGUCUAUGGAGAUUGCUUGGCUGUGUGCUCAAUUUUUUCAAACCCGUUUUUACUUUGUAUUGGUUGUAGAUUGAAACAAUUUAAUCCAUUUUAGAAUAAGGCUGUAACGUAACAAAAUGUGGAAAAAGUCAAUGGGUCUGUAUAUAGUGUAUUUGACUACUUCUUCAAUCAACUAUCUAAUUGUUUGGAUUCAAAUACCAGCUCAGAUCCUCCACGAUCCUCAUCUCUUUUUAUCUCAUCUCCCAUUUACUGGACUGAAGGCUGGACCAAAAGAUACAGAAAUGGCAGCAACUAUCACUCACUACACCCAAGGAUUCAUCAGAAGUUUUUAACAUAUUAAAACAACCCUGUGCAGGGAGCUGAAGAACAGCCUUAUGCAAUAAGGUAUCCUCUGGAAAAAAUGCAGACGACGGGGCGGUAGGAGUCUAAUGAACAAACUUAAGUCUAUUGUGUACACUUGUAAUGCGAGCAGUACAUCAUGCACACCUGAAGUGGAUGAUAAAGGACACUGGCCAGUUCUGCAGGCUGCCCCUCAGGCAACUUCCAAAGUAAUUCAACUGGGGAUUUUAAAUUCAAGGUCCAUAAAUAACAAAGGCUUACUACUGAAUGGCAUAAUCACCGAUAGACUUUCUCCUUCUCACUGAGACUUGGCAUCAGCCCAAUGAGUACAUAUCCCUCAACCAAUGCAUUCCAUCUGGCUACACCUACCUGGACUGUUCUCGCACAUCCGGACGGGGUGGCAGAUUGGCUGUAAUCUGCAGGACUGAGAUUUUACUCCAGUACAAGCUGUCAUGUUUUGAAUGCAUGUCUUUCAAGAUCACUGGCUCUGUAUCACUACUGGCUGUGCUGAUUUAUUGGCCUCUGACUUUCUUGCUGAACUAUCUGAGCUACUAUCACUCCUGAGCUCCUUGUGCCCUGCUAUGCUAGUGCUUGGUGAUUUCAACAUGCAUGUCGACUCCCCUGACUGCAGUCUCUCUACUGGCCUGGCUGUUGUCCUGGACAACUUUGGACACCAACAGCAAGUGGACUUUGCCAUUCACAACAAAGGCCAUACGCUGGACCUGGUCUGUACCACAGGCGUGGAUCUGGCCAAAUUGGAAGGAAAUGUGUCAGGGCUGUCCGACUAUAAACCCAUCACCUACACCCUAGCUAUUCCUCUACCCAUUUGGCCCAAGAAACGCUCCAUUCAGUUUAGAAGACUGAAAACAAUAAACAGUGGCCAGCUUACUGAAUAUCUCUACCUGCCAGUUACUGACUCUGGCUCAAUACAACACUGCCUUGGCCUCCAUACUGGAUGAAGUUGCUCCUUUGAAAACCUGUAUGGUGUCUUUCUCCAAAUCGUCUCCCUGGUACACUGAAGAGCUACGCUCUCUCAAAGCAACUGGCCCUCGUCUAGAACGACAGUAUAAGAAAACUGGGCUUAACUCUACAUGCGCAGAUGUAUGAGCAACAUCAGCAAGAUUACCAACUGACCAUAAAUGCAGCUCUGACAUCCUACUACUCCCAACUGAUCAGCAACGGCAGUGGUAACUCCCGUGUGCUGUUCUCUACUGUGAGCAUGCUCCUCCAACUAGGGCUGUGGCGGUCAUAAAAUGUUGUCAGCCGGUGAUUGUCAAGCAAAUAACUGCCGGUCUCACGGUAAUUGACUGUUAAUGAACAUAAACACAUUUAGCAUCUCCUGGCUUCCACGCAUAGCCUACAAGCCACUGAUGCAGACCUUUAGAACAUCUACAUUUUAAUAAGUCUAAUAAAUCAAUUUAACAUAGCCUACACCAUCACAAUAAAUCCAUUAUUUAUUUUAGACAGAUCUAAAGAAACAUGAUAUGAAGAAAAUGUAGUUUAUUUCAGAAUAACAGAAUAGCAUACUCUGAGUUGUCCUUAUGUUAGGCCCUGAUCUGGCUAUGCCAUAUGGCUGUGGGCUACACUAGUUCAUUUAGCAGGCCAGAUUUGCUGUGUCAUUAUUUUAUAUUAUUUUAUAGUAUGAAGAAUACAAUUGAACAUAGCUGAAUAAAAUAGAAAGGAUAUUUUCUCCAAACGAUUUGAGGGAGUGCGCACAUGCGGUUAUUCUAUGUUGAGCGGUUAACAAAGAAACAGGUCCUUCUAUGCACUUAAUUUAGAGUUAUUUAUGCAACUUUAGUUGUGAUACAAACGUUGAGCUAUAUGUUUGGAUUUUUUAUACAUUCUAAGGCUGCAUGAUGCGACUCUAAAUUAUGAUUUGAAAAAAGUUGCAUGAAAGGCAAGAGCUCUGCUUUGUUUUUUGCGCAGGCUGUACACACUUCUUCAGUCUCUCAUUCACAAUUUGACAAGCACUUGAUAAAGCCUCUAAUUUCCCGGCGGCAUCCCCUUUGUGUGGCCGUAAUGCCCCCUAAAAAAAAUAUGUGCCUUUUGCGGCCAGUGCCUUGGGCUGAAUAUAAUCAUUAUAAUUCCAUUCUCCCGGCUGCCUGCUCCGAAGCACCUCUCUCACUAACAUGGUGCUCUCAGAUAUCUAAAUUCUUAUUAGCCAAUGCCCGUCACGUGAUCGGGUCCUUCUCACAGGCUACAAGUGAAGACAGACACAUCGGGGACGCAACUGUGCGCGUCCUUAUCCAAUUCCGAGGCGCAUAUUGAAGAUGUUGGAAGAACUGUCCACAUUUACUUUUCGUCAGCCAACAAGAUGAGUAGGCCUAACGAAUAGCAAAAGCACUAGCCUAUGUCAAUCUACUAUCCCCCAUAGUACAAAAGUUGACUUAUUCUAUCCUGUGUGAGAAAUAAAUAUUCCAAACAUAGUCUGGACAGUUGUGGGAUGCAAUAGAUCCCAAAUUAAUACAACCACUAGCUUCAAAAAAAAGUUUAAAAGCAAUGAGGCUGACGCAACAGAUCAGAACGUUUAGCUUAAAAUGUUGAUAAACUAUUAGGCUAUUUCUUCACAUCAUAAGCUCAGCAAUGCGCACACGGCUGUAGGCUAUAAGCGUGAAUGUUCCAAAAUGCAAUCAAUUAGCAGGAAAACACCAUUCUCAAAAGUGACCGCAAAUGCAAUUAUGCAUGUAAUGCUUUUAUUAUAAAGGUCAAUUUUUAUGGUGAAAAUUAUCUUCCCCAAACAUGGAUCUCACGCGAUUUGUAUGUAUGCCAUUUAGGCUCUACACCCGUUGUAAUGCAAAUUAAUGUACUUAAUUUUAAGAAGUUAUUUGGCCACUUUAGUUGUGAUACAAACCUUAUCAAAAUAUAUAGGCCUAUGGGCUAGGCUACAUGUGUGACUAUUAUUAGAAAAUGUUGCAAAAAAGGCAUGCAGUGUUUCUUGCCUUACUGCAUUCAAGCUGGGCAUAAUUCACAAGUGAUAAUAUAUAAUUCACAAAUGAUAGGCUAAUAUUGUCACAUCAGACUAUUCUUGAUUUUAAUGUUGUCUUUACAUACAGUGGGGAGAACAAGUAUUUGAUACACUGCCGAUUUUGCAGGUUUUCCUAUUUACAAAACAUGUAGAGGUCUGUAAUUUUUAUCAUAGGUACACUUCAACUGUGAGAGACGUAAUCUAAAACAAAGAUCCAGAAAAUCACAUUGUAUGAUUUUUAAGUAAUUAAUUUGCAUUUUAUUGCAUGACAUAAGUAUUUGAUACAUCAGAAAAGCAGAACUUAAUAUUUGUUACAGAAACCUUUGUUUGCAAUUACAGAGAUCAUACGUUUCCUGUAGGUCUUGACCAGGUUUGCACACACUGCAGCAGGGAUUUUGGCCCACUCCUCCAUACAGACCUUCUCCAGAUCCUUCAGGUUUCGGGGCUUUCGCUGGGCAAUACGGACUUUCAGCUCCCUCCAAAGAUUUUCUAUUGGGUUCAGGUCUGGAGACUGGCUAGGCCACUCCAGGACCUUGAGAUGCUUCUUACGGAGCCACUCCUUAGUUGCCCUGGCUGUGUGUUUCGGGUUGUUGUCAUGCUGGAAGACCCAGCCACGACCCAUCUUCAAUGCUCUUACUGAGGGAAGGAGGUUGUUGGUCAAGAUCUCGCGAUACAUGGCCCCAUCCAUCCUCCCCUCAAUACGGUGCAGUCGUCCUGUCCCCUUUGCAGAAAAGCAUCCCCAAAGAAUGAUGUUUCCACCUCCAUGCUUCACGGUUGGGAUGGUGUUCUUGGGGUUGUACUCAUCCUUCUUCUUCCUCCAAACACGGCGAGAGGAGUUUAGACCAAAAAGCUCUAUUUUUGUCUCAUCAGACCACAUGACCUUCUCCCAUUCCUCCUCUGGAUCAUCCAGAUGGUCAUUGGCAAACUUCAGACGGGCCUGGACAUGCGCUGGCUUGAGCAGACGGACCUUGCGUGCGCUGCAGGAUUUUAAUCCAUGACUGCGUAGUGUGUUACUAAUGGUUUUCUUUGAGACUGUGGUCCCAGCUCUCUUCAGGUCAUUGACCAGGUCCUGCCGUGUAGUUCUGGGCUGAUCCCUCACCUUCCUCAUGAUCAUUGAUGCCCCACGAGGUGAGAUCUUGCAUGGAGCCCCAGACCGAGGGUGAUUGACCGUCAUCUUGAACUUCUUCCAUUUUCUAAUAAUUGCACCAACAGUUGUUGCCUUCUCACCAAGCUGCUUGCCUAUUGUCCUGUAGCUCAUCCCAGCCUUGUGCAGGUCUACAAUUUGAUCCCUGAUGUCCUUACACAGCUCUCUGGUCUUGGCCAUUGUGGAGAGGUUGUAGUCUGUUUGAUUGAGUGUGUGGACAGGUGUCUUUUAUACAGGUAAUGAGUUCAAACAGGUGCAGUUAAUACAGGUAAUGAGUGGAGAACAGGAGGUCUGUUAGAGCCGGAAUUCUUACUGGUUGGUAGGUGAUCAAAUACUUACAUUGGGGGGAAAAAGUAUUUAGUCAGCCACCAAUUGUGCAAGUUCUCCCACUUAAAAAGAUGAGAGAGGCCUGUAAUUUUCAUCAUAGGUACACGUCAACUAUGACAGACAAAUUGAGAAAAAAAAAUCCAGAAAAUCACAUUGUAGGAUUUUUAAUGAAUUUAUUUGCAAAUUAUGGUGGAAAAUAAGUAUUUGGUCACCUACAAACAAGCAAGAUUUCUGGCUCUCACAGACCUGUAACUUCUUCUUUAAGAGGCUCCUCUGUCCUCCACUCGUUACCUGUAUUAAUGGCACCUGUUUGAACUUGUUAUCAGUAUAAAAGACACCUGUCCACAACCUCAAACAGUCACACUCCAAACUCCACUAUGGCUAAGACCAAAGAGCUGUCAAAGGACAGCAGAAACAAAAUUGUAGACCUGCACCAGGCUGGGAAGACUGAAUCUGCAAUAGGUAAGCAGCUUGGUUUGAAGAAAUCAACUGUGGGAGCAAUUAUUAGGAAAUGGAAGACAUACAAGACCACUGAUAAUCUCCCUCGAUCUGGGGCUCCACGCAAGAUCUCACCCCGUGGGGUCAAAAUGAUCACAAGAAUAGUGAGCAAAAGUCCCAGAACCACACAGGGGGACCUAGUGAAUGACCUGCAGAGAGCUGGGACCAAAGUAACAAAGCCUACCAUCAGUAACACACUACGCCGCCAGGGACUCAAAUCCUGCAGUGCCAGACGUGUCCCCCUGCUUAAGCCAGUACAUGUCCAGGCCCGUCUGAAGUUUGCUAGAGUGCAUUUGGAUGAUCCAGAAGAGGAUUGGGAGAAUGUCAUAUGGUCACAUGAAACCAAAAUAGAACUUUUUGGUAAAAACUCAACUCGUCGUGUUUGGAGGACAAAGAAUGCUGAGUUGCAUCCAAAGAACACCAUACCUACUGUGAAGCAUGGGGGUGGAAACAUCAUGCUUUGGGGCUGUUUUUCUGCAAAGGGACCAGGACGACUGAUCCGUGUAAAGGAAAGAAUGAAUGGGGCCAUGUAUCGUGAGAUUUUGAGUGAAAACCUCCUUCCAUCAGCAAGGGCAUUGAAGAUGAAACGUGGCUGGGUCUUUCAGCAUGACAAUGAUCCCAAACACACCGCCCGGGCAACGAAGGAGUGGCUUCGUAAGAAGCAUUUCAAGGUCCUGGAGUGGCCUAGCCAGUCUCCAGAUCUCAACCCCAUAGAAAAUCUUUGGAGGGAGUUGAAAGUCCGUGUUGCCCAGCGACAGCCCCAAAACAUCACUGCUCUAGAGGAGAUCUGCAUGGAGGAAUGGGCCAAAAUACCAGCAACAGUGUGUGAAAACCUUGUGAAGACUUACAGAAAACGUUUGACCUGUGUCAUUGCCAACAAAGGGUAUAUAACAAAGUAUUGAGAAACUUUUGUUAUUGACCAAAUACUUAUUUUCCACCAUAAUUUGCAAAUAAAUUCAUUAAAAAUCCUACAAUGUGAUUUUCUGGAUUUUUUUUUCUCAUUUUGUCUGUCAUAGUUGACGUGUACCUAUGAUGAAAAUUACAGGCCUCUCUCAUCUUUUUAAGUGGGAGAACUUGCACAAUUGGUGGCUGACUAAAUACUUUUUCCCCCCACUGUAUGUCAUGCAAUAAAAUGCAAAUUAAUUACUUAAAAAUCAUACAAUGUGAUUUUCUGGAUUUUUGUUUUAGAUUCCGUCUCUCACAGUUGAAGUGUACCUAUGAUAAAAAUGUACAGACCUCUACAUGCUUUGUAAGUAGGAAAACCUGCAAAAUCGGCAGUGUAUCAAAUACUUGUUCUCCCCACUGUAUACUAAAUAAUAUGUGUGAAUUUUGUUUGGAUUUAGAAUGGACCAUUAUCACGCAUCUGUCUCGAAACAGGGGCAGCGGAAAAAAAUACAUGUAAUCUAUGCACUUAAAUAGUGAAUGGAUGACGCUUUUCCCGUGGUUCUUUUCCUGCCAGCCAUGUAGGCUUAAAAUUUUGUUGUAAAGAGAAGCAAUGUGCUUAAUAUUAGGGAAGUUGAGAAAUAAAUAUAGUAGGCCUAGCCUAUAGAAAUCUGAUGGGAUCCUCCUCUUUUUAAUAGAGGCCAUCAAAACUCUGUUUUCAAAUUGCAUAGUCUAUAGAAAUGUUGCGUAACAUGAGCUCAUGGGUUCUCAUUAAGUGUUUGAUUACAUUUUCGAUCAUAUUUGCAUUGAUGUCAGAGUGAUUAGAGGGACAAUAGAGUGCUGAGUACCAGGCAGUUAGCAAGUUUGGUAGGCUACUAAUGACCAUCAGCAGCAUCAGAGCUUGGAGAAGCCUAAUUACCGUGACUAAACUGUCACGUGGAAUUUGACUGCGGUCAUGACUCGUGAACGCCGGUGUGGCGGUAAUACGUUCACCACAACACCCCUACCUCCAACCUGUGAACAAUUCUGCUACCUCAGCCUCCCCAGAACGGUGCAAUCAAUACCUGUGCUUCUUCCAAAGCUAAAUUGAAAACAUGAAUAACACCAUCCUGACCUUCCAAGCCCCAUUAGUUGAGCUACCCAGUCCUACGCUCCCUGAGUCAAGGUUUUCCACCUUCACCACAGUCACUGCAGCUGGUUUGGACAAAGAGGCCCACCAUUUGCUCACUUGACCCUAUCCCCACCUCCCUUUUCAAGAUCUGCUUACCUGCUCUGUAGCCUUUCUUCACAGAGGUUAUCAACAAGUCCCUCAUCACUGGGUGUGUCCCUCAUUCAGCUCAAACUGUCCCCAGUCACAUCAGUACUUAAAAAGCCUGGAUCUGACCCUGACAACCUCCAGAACUACAGGCCUAUUUCCAACCUGCCCUUCCUGAGUAAGCUCCUCGAACGGGCUGUUUCUAGCCAACUCCAAAACCAUCUGGACACUCACAACCUACUUGAGCCCUUUCAUUCAGGUUUCAGAGCUAGACACAGCACUGAGACUGCCCUGGUAAGGGUCACCAAUGACCUCCUCAUGAAUGCUGACUCUGGGGUUGCCAGCAUCCUCAUACUGCUGGACCUCAGUGCAGCAUUCGACACGGUCAGCCACGCCAUCCUGCUGGACCGCAUGGAGAAGGACCUGGGCCUGUCAGACACGUGUCCUCACCCACACCUCCCCUGCGAUAACAUCCCUCCAGUGCUGUUCAACCUCCACUGGCUCCCCAUAUGCUCACACAUCGACUACAAAAUCCUGUUUAACACCUACCAAGCUAUCCACAGCUCUGGACCCAAGUACCUGUCUGACCUCAUUCUACCCUCCUGCCCCACACGCACACUUCGCUCCUCAAGUUCUGUCUCCCUUCAGCCGCCCCGCAGCAGACUAAAAACUAUGGGUGACAGGGCUUUCAGUUCCGCGGCUUUGCGGCUGUGGAACACACUUCCAGACACUAUUAUGGCUGCAGAGUAUCUGUCCUCCUUUAAGGCACAUCUCAAGACUGUGCUGUUCAGAAAAGCUUUCAAGGACCUCUGCUUAUUCUGUUCUCGUCCUCCGGAUCUGGCGACACCUAGCUUUAAUUGUUGUCUGUGUUCUAUGUUGUGUGUUUUGGAAUUUUUUGUAUAUUUUUUUGCCUUGGGUCUGAGAGAAGCGCUUUACAAAUUAAAUGAAUUAUUAUUAUUAUUUCUGCAGUGGUAAUGAUACCAUUCUGUUGUAAUAAAAGCUGUGGGUAGUCAUGAUAGCAUUGUUCUAAUUACUUCUGUAGUAGUAGUAAUAAUAACAUGUAAUAAUAACAUGUAGUAGUCAUAAAAGCAUCCAUAGUAGUCCAAAUAACAUCUCAUAACUUGUAGUAGUCAUAAUAAAACAUGUCAUAACAUCUGUCACUCUCAAAAUUACAUCUGUAAUAGUCAUAAUAGCGUGAUGUCAUAACAUCUGUAGUAAUGUUUUUUUUAUAUGUCUUUUGGUUAUGAUAACAUUGUCAUGCAAAUAGUCUGGGUAGCCAUUUGAUUAGAUGUUCAGGAGUCUUAUGGCUUGGGGGUAGAUGCUGUUUAGAAGCCUCUUGGACCUAGACUUGGCGCUCUGGUACCACUUGCCGUGCGGUAGCAGAGAGAACAGUCUAUGACUAGGGUGUCCUAGAAGUUAUAGAAAUGCUGCGAUGAUAUCAUAGUAAUGUGCAAGUACUUUGCCUUCUACUGCAAUUAUGUCUUCCUCCCAAAUGGUACCCUAUUCCUUAGUGCACUACUUUUAACCAGGGCUGGUCAACAUUAGUGCACUAUAGGGAAUUAGGGUUUAAUUUGGGAAGCAUAGAAUGAUUUCCCUGUGGAGAAAUGCUAGGAAGUUAGCAUACCGACCCCCUCCAUAGGAUUGUCCUCUGGCCGAGCCAUCCUGCUGAUAGUGAUUAAUGUCUCAUUUGGGUAACAUCAACCUACUCUGAUGGGCUGUUAAGGCCCAGCUCUGAUUUAAUUUCACAGUGUAGUGAUGAACCAUGAAUCAUGACACCUCAGCCGUCACCUAAGGUGUCAGGAAUGAGAUGCAUGAGGUGGGGGCAGGGUCGAAUUGCGUCAUAGUACAAAAGGGCCAGCAUCUACUGCCACUAGAUGCUUCAAUAAUGAUCUGAGCAGCCAUAUAGUAGACCUACACCUUGAGCCAGCUAGCCAGCACACAACUCUCCAAGACGGACAUGGGUAUUCUGGUUUUGAGAAUGAAUGGGUGUCAACCACCAAGGGUAGGGGGAAUCCUUCUGGGGAUAAGUCAAUACAGUUCCAUGUAUCUCAGUUGGUAGAGCAUGGCGCUUGCAAUGCCAGGGUUGUGGGUUUGAUUCCCACGGGGGACCAGUAUGAAAAAAAGUAUGACAAUGUACGCACUCACUAACUGUAAGUCGCUCUGGAUAAGAGCGUCUGCUAAAUGACUGAAAUGUAAAUGUAAAAUGUACAGAACUCUUAGCUACUGUAUAUCCAGGGCAGAAAUGGAUCCUUUUCUCAAAGCAUGUAGAGAGAAUCCUCCCCCUCUCCCUCCCCUUCCUCCUAUCCCUACCACAGUCUUUGAUGUGCACCUCUGCCAAGAUCCUGGGGCCUCCGAAAUCAGUUACAGAUUGGUUGGGUAAAAAGACAAUGAGACGGAAGCUAGGCCUGUCUUUUCUCUCUCUUUCUCCCUCCCUCUUGUUUUCUCACACCAUACCUGUAUCUCUCUUUCUAUACCUCCCUCCCUUUCUCUAUAUUUCCCUCAAUUUCAUUGUUACCUUUUUCCCUUCUUUACCUCUCGCUGCCUGUCAUUCCCUGGUGAGAAGAUGAAUGUGGCUGGGGCAGCAGGGUGGCGCCGCCGGGCCGACAGCUCCGCUCCGCCAUUGGUGGAUGCGCCUGGCUCUGCCGGGCGAUUGUAAAUGCUGCAGGAUUAAUGAAGAAUGCCCACUAGGUGCCCAUUGUUGACCUUCUGCCCGCCACUGCCCCGCUCAAUCUGCCACAGAGACACUAAGCCACUUAACUACCCGGCGGGACCAGGAGGAGGGGGGGGGGGGGGGGGUUCAGGCGGUCCGAGGCAAAAACGGACCGCAUUCUCACAGGAUCACGUCCUGGGUCUGUCUGUCUGUCCCCAUAACCUUGUUGGUCCCACCCAACCAGACAGGCUUCAGUUCAGCUGCAUCUCCAGCACGUCCGACCGAUUUCCGAUUCAGACUUGGUGUGGCACUAAAGCUUGUAUACAUUUUGAAAGUGUUCUCCCAGUGAGGCCCUGUCGUGUCUCCCUCACCCCAACCCCCACCUCCUUUUGUGUGAUCUGGGAGUCAGCGUAACCUGCACACAUUCCCAGACUGGUGGGUUCAUAAAAGGACAGUUCAAAGUUAAUUAGGCAGUUCAAGCUAGAAUCCUUAAUUGUAACAAUAACAAAGUGUACUCCCCAUCCCUGUUUCGCAAAAAAGCUAAGGGAUGGAGCUGAAUAAAUGUAACCACUCUCAAAUUCAUAGACAGCGCUAUGGAUGCAAUGACUGACCAUCCAUUAUAUCAACAUUAUAGUUUGAACCAUGUUUUGAGGCUGUAUAAUGUUUGUUUACAUUUACAUUGUUUACAAACAUUGGAGUAAAUGUGGAGAUAUGUUCAUGUUGCACGCGAUCUGUUAUGUGGGCUAGAUCCAGCUGUUUGCCUCAAUCACAAAUGAAUGGAAAAGAUAAACACUAUCUAAUUUCCAAAUCUUUUCCAUUCAUUAUCAUUUCAGCCAUAUAGCCUGGUAUAGUGUAUCUAGACAACCAAUGGGGUGGGAUGUGGACUUCAGACCACUUUUAUAAUCUGAAAACGACAAACUUUGAUUUUGGAGCAAACAGUCCCUUUAAAGCCCUGCUACCCUCCAACCCAGCGCCCUCUAUUCUGCCACUGCCAAUGAACUUGCAGUUCAACAACGGCAAGGUAGCAAGGUCAGUCUUGUCAGCUUCCUGCUCCCUCCAUUGUCUGGCUGUGAAAGCAGGUAAUGGUGGGUCUGUCUGGCCUGUCUGGAGAGAAAGAAGGCCUGAUGGAUAGGCCGCAUUGAACUGGAGUUUGAGACGAACCACGGGGAACCUGAGGAGAGGGAUAGAGAGAUAGUCACACAGAUUACGCCAUGGUACGUGGAGGGAGGGGGAAGGGGGAGGUAAAGGGAAGGGGGAGGCUUUGUUCCACAAGAGACUGUGGCAGGCAAGUUGGUCAGUCACACGAGAGCGAGAGAGAGAGAGAGAGACUCUUCCUUCCUUCCUCCCUCCGGUGUUGGAGGCACUCAGUGACGCGUGCGAUGAUUGACGUGGGGCAGUGGUCAGAAUGUCCCCCUGCCACACUUCAACUGUGUUGUUUUAACCUGGGCCUUUGUCAUUUUCAAAAGCCAUGUCCAAUCGCACUUGAAAUUUAGACUUCACGUUGGUUUGCUCAUUCAAAUUCUUAUGAUUCUAAAGAGUGGGAUGCUAUAUCCUCGAGCCUUUGCCCUCUUCAGCCCGGUGUUCCGAGUUUACCCACGUUUCUUUAAUCACUAAGACAGUCAACCUUUUCCCACUUACAACUACUCUGCCAGAAUCAGGACUGGGGCUCCUUUUCUUACCUAAUUGAAUGUCAUUGUGGAUGGUUGGGACCAGGAGCACCACAGCCCCUCUGUUCGCCAGUCGGCAAGUGGCCAGAUCUUAGCCUGGGCACAGUCUGCCCGACGCCAGCCCUGCCCCAAACCCCAGGUGGCAGGGGGAAGGCUGGGAUGAGGGGCGAGGGCAGGCAUUAGCCUCGGAAUAGGCUUCUUUGGCUUUGGUGGUCCUCCUCGUAAUGUUUUUGUGCCCCUUUCUUUUGUCGAUAAGGCAAGAUCCUGUUACAGCAAAUCCCCUUAUUGUAGGCCCUGUGUAGCUCAGUUGGUAGAGCAUGGCGCUUGCAACGUCAGGGUUGUGGGUUCGUUUUCCACGGGGGGCCAGUAUGAAAAAAUGUAUGCACUCACUAACUGUAAGUUGCUCUGGAUAAGAGCGUCUGCUAAAAUGACUAAAAAUACAAAUAAAUAAAAUUGUAUGGGACACUUUUAAAUGUGCCUUUAGAGGCCAUGCAAUUCAGUACUCAUCUUGAAAGCAAAAGCAAUUUAGGUUAAGAGUCCAUACUAACAAAGGAAAUAGAAGGUCUAACAGAACAGAUUGAUAGCAAUAAAAACUGUAACAUAGAGGCUCAGAAUAAAUUUGAGGAAAAACAAAAAGAAAUUGAGAAACUUGUUCAAGAAAGAUCAAGUGUAAUAUAUUAUAAAAAUAAUGCAAACUGGAUGGAAUAUGGGGAAAAAUGCACCAAAUUCUUUUUUAAAUCUUCAACAUAGAAAUGCUACUAAAAACAAUUUACUGAAUCUGGUUACAAAUGAUGGAGUCACCCAUGAUUCACCAAAUUAUAUUUUGAAGAAGGAAGCAAAGUACUUUAAGUAUAUGUGUUCAUUUCAGUCACCUCUAACUGAAGCUAAUUGUAGGGAUUUAUUUUCUAAUGAUAAUGUAAAAUUAACAGCCAUACAGAAAGACUCAUGUGAAGGUGAAAUUACAGAGGAGGAACUUCUGGAUGCAAUUAAAGACUUUAAGUCCGGGAAAACUCCAGGGUUGGAUGGCAUACCAGUCGAGGUAUACCAAACCUUUUUUGAUAUACUCAGAGGACCGUUAUUAGCAUGUUUUAACCACUCCUAUGUAAAUGGUAGAUUAUCAGACACUCAAGAAGAAGGUCUGAUUUAAUUAUUACUGAAACAGGAUACAAGUGGGAAAUAUAAAGAUCCAGUCCAUUAAUAAAAUUGGAGGGCCCUUACACUUCAGUGUUGUGAUGCAAAAAUUAUAGCAAAAUGUAUAGCGCAUAGAAUUAAAAAGGUAUUGUCGGACAUUAUUCAUUCUAAUCAGACAUGUUUUUUACAUGGACGAUACAUUGGAGAUAAAAUAAGGCAAGUACUGGAAACAAUAGAACACUAUGAAAAAUCUGGGAAACCAGGCCUGCUAUUCAUAGCAGACUUUGAAAAGGCAUUUGAUAAAGUACGACUGGAGUUUAUAUAUAAAUGCCUGGAGCAUUUCAAUUUUGGAGAAUCUCUUAUAAAAUGGAUCAAAAUCAUGUAUAUUAACCCUAGGUGUAAAAUAGUAAAUAAUGGCUAUUUCUCAGAAAGUUUUAAACUGUCAAGAGGAGUAAAACAAGGUUGUCCACUAUCGGCAUAUCUAUUUAUUAUGGCCAACGAAAUGUUAGCUAUUAAAGUCAGAUCCAACAAUAAUAUCAAGGGAUUAGAAAUCCAGGGCUUAAAAACAAAGGUGUCAUUGUACGCUGAUGAUUCAUUUCUUCUUUUAAAUCUACAACUUGAAUCCCUCCACAACCUCAUAGAGGAUCUAGAUACAUUUUCUAACCUCUCUGGAUUACAACCAAAUUAUGACAAAUGUACUAUAUUACGUAUUGGAUCACAAAAAAAUAAAAAUUGUACAUUACCAUUACCAGACCAAUAAAAUGGUCUGAUGGUGAUGUGGAUAUACUCGGAAUACAUAUCCCAAAUGAAAUAAAUGUUCUCACUCCAGUACAUUUUCAUAGAAAGUUAGCAAAAAUAGAUAAGAUCUUGCUACCAUGGAAAGGUAAAUAUCUGUCUAUUUGUGGAAAAAUCACCCUGAUUAACUCGUUAGUAUUAUCCCAGUUUACCUAUUUGCUUAUGGUCUUCCCUACGACUAGCGAACAGUUUUUUAAAAUGAUAUGAGAAAAAAAUAUUCAAUUUUAUUUGGAACGGCAAGCCAGACAAAAUUAAACGGGCCUAUUUAUAUAAUGAAUAUGAAUUCGGAGGACAGAAAUUAUUAAAUAUUAAAGCAUUAGACCUAUCACUAAAAGCUUCAGUCAUACAAAAGUUAUACUUAAAUCCGAACUGGUUCUCUAGCCAAUUAGUAAGAUUAUCUCACCCCAUGUUCAAGAAUGGCCUUUUUCCCUUUAUUCAGAUUACAACCUCUCACUUUCAGUUAUUUUAAAAGGAAAUAAUCUCCCAAAUAUCACUAUUUCUAAAACAAGCCAUAGAAAGUUGGUUGCAUUUUCAAUUUAAUCCUCCAGAAACGACAGAACAAAUAAUGCAACAAAUGGUGGUUAAACUCAAAUAUACUAAUUGAUAAAUAUCCAGUAUUUGUUGGGGGAAAACAAACGGUAUAAUCUUCGUAAAUGAUAUCAUAGGUAGGACUGGUGGAGUUAUGUCGCACAUGCAGCUAACAAAAACAUAUGGAAAUGUCUGCUCUACCUAAAAUUACAACCAAAUAAUUGCAGCAUUACCGCAAAAAUGGAAGAGGAAAGUGGAAGGGGGAAAAAGUAAGGGACUUGUCUGUCGGCCCUGCAUUAAAGAAUAUAAUUGGUUAAAGAAAAUUGUGAUAAAUAAAAAAGUAUACCAGUUUCAUUUAAGAACCAAAAGAUUGACAGCCGCCCCGUAUAGAUUGAAAAAUAGUUGGGAAGAGAUUUUUGACGUACCGAUUCCAUGGCAUAGUGUUAUGAACUGAUACGCAAAAUGACGCCGGAUUCAAAAUUAUUAUACAAAAUUCUUGCUACCAAUAGAAUGCUAUUUAUAUGGAGGAUACAAUCUUCCCAGCUCUGCAGAUUUUGCUGCGAAGAGACAGAAUCAUUAGAUCAUUUGUUUUGGUACUGUCCAUUUGUGGCUUGUUUUUGGUCACAGGUCCAGGAAUGGCUGAGGUCCAGGAAUCUACAAUUUACAAUUGUAGAAACAAUGAGAAUAGAAGGGUUCAGAACUUUUGUGAAACAUCACAGUACAGUUGAAAAAUAUAUGGCAAAUAGAACUCCAAUAUGGAUGGUGUUAAGAGAUAGAUGGGAGGUGUUGAAUGGAGCUGAAGGAUGGGACUAAUAACAACGAACAACAACUAAUAACAGCAAGAUACAGUGGGGAGAACAAGUAUUUGAUACACUGCCGAUUUUGCAGGUUUUCCUACUUACAAAGCAUGUAGAGGUCUGUCAUUUUUAUCAUAGGUACACUUCAACUGUGAGAGACGGAAUCUAAAACAAAAAUCCAGAAAAUCACAUUGUAUGAUUUUUAAGUAAUUAAUUUGCAUUUUAUUGCAUGACAUAAGUAUUUGAUACAUCAGAAAAGCAGAACUUAAUAUUUGGUACAGAAACCUUUGUUUGCAAUUACAGAGAUCAUACGUUUCCUGUAGGUCUUGACCAGGUUUGCACACACUGCAGCAGGGAUUUUGGCCCACUCCUCCAUACAGACCUUCUCCAGAUCCUUCAGGUUUCAGGGCUGUCGCUGGGCAAUACGGACAUUCAGCUCCCUCCAAAGAUGUUCUAUUGGGUUCAGGUCUGGAGACUGGCUAGGCCACUCCAGGACCUUGAGAUGCUUCUUACGGAGCCACUCCUUAGUUGUCCUGGCUGUGUGUUUCGGGUCGUUGUCAUGCUGGAAGACCCAGCCACGACCCAUCUUCAAUGCUCUUACUGAGGGAAGGAAGUUGUUGGCCAAGAUCUCGCGAUACAUGGCCCCAUCCAUCCUCCCCUCAAUACGGUGCAGUCGUCCUGUCCCCUUUGUAGAAAAGCAUCCCCAAAGAAUGAUGUUUCCACCUCCAUGCUUCAUGGUUGGGAUGGUGUUCUUGGGGUUGUACUCAUUCUUCUUCUUCCUCCAAACACGGCAAGUGGAGUUUAGACCAAAAAGCUCUAUUUUUGUCUCAUCAGACCACAUGACCUUCUCCCAUUCCUCCUCUGGAUCAUCCAGAUGGUCAUUGGCAAACUUCAAUGAGCAGGGGGACCUUACGUGCGCUGCAGGAUUUUAAUCCAUGACGGCGUAGUGUGUUACUAAUGGUUUUCUUUGAGACUGUGGUCCCAGCUCUCUUCAGGUCAUUGACCAGGUCCUGCCGUGUAGUUCUGGGCUGAUCCCUCACCUUCCUCAUGAUCAUUGAUGCCCCACGAGGUGAGAUCUUGCAUGGAGCCCCAGACCGAGGGUGAUUGACCGUCAUCUUGAACUUCUUCCAUUUUCUAAUAAUUGCGCCAACAGUUGUUGCCUUCUCACCAAGCUGCUUGCCUAUUGUCCUGUAGGCCAUCCCAGCCUUGUGCAGGUCUACAAUUUUAUCCCUGAUGUCCUUACACAGCUCUCUGGUCUUGGCCAUUGUGGAGAGGUUGGAGUCUGUUUGAUUGAGUGUGUGGACAGGUGUCUUUUAUACAGGUAACGAGUUCAAACAGGUGCAGUUAAAACAGGUAAUGAGUGGAGAACAGGAGGGCUUCUUAAAGAAAAACUAACAGGUCUGUGAGAGCCGGAAUUCUUACUGGUUGGUAGGUGAUCAAAUACUUAUGUCAUGCAAUAAAAUGCAAAUUAAUUACUUAAAAAUCAUACAAUGUGAUUUUCUGGAUUUUUGUUUUAGAUUCCGUCUCUCACAGUUGAAGUGUACCUAUGAUAAAAAAUUACAGACCUCUACAUGCUUUGUAAGUAGGAAAACCUGCAAAAUCGGCAGUGUAUCAAAUACUUGUUCUCCCCACUGUAACUAAUGUAGGGCAUGCUGUGUCCAUAAUAAGUAUAUACAUUUACAUUUUACAUUUUAGUCAUUUAGCAGACGCUCUUAUCCAGAGCGACUUACAGUUAGUGAGUGCAUACAUUUUUUUUUUUCAUUUUGCUCCCACCCCCAGUGCAGCUUUGAUGAUUUUAGGUUGAGAGCUUUUGUGAAGGAGCACAGUUGGAUAUAGAAGCAAACCGGAUAGACAUCAUGAAAAUGAUCGGAGAGGUUAAGGGUAGAGGAAGUUCAGGAGUAAAAAUAAGCACAAACUGGCUCUAACCAGAAUAGAAAGAGGAGUGGGAGGCCCCGGUGCACAACUGGGCCUCCCACUCCUCUUUCUAUUCUGGUUAGAGCCAGUUUGCACUGUUCUGUGAUUUCUCGCAUGGAAUAGCCUUCAUUUCUCAGAACAAGAAUAGACUGAUGGGUUUCAGAAGAAAGUUCUUUGUUCCCUAAUGUGUAAACAGCAACAACAAAUAAAACACAUGGAAUCUGAUCUUUUGACUUCCAAUUUAUAUCACUUCCAUAUGUGGAUCUCAAUUCUGAUACAAACCCGUUCCUCCAUAUGCGACCUCUGUCUGGAUGGUCAUAUCAGAUAUUUUUUGCUCUGAAGUGUUUUUUAUUGCCCACAUUUUUAAGGAACAGUGACGGGAAAUUAGCAUUUCCUCUGUGUGCUACUUCAGAUGCUACGUCAAUGCAAAUCUGUUAUGGGUCACGUGUAAAAACUGUGUGUGGAGAGUCAGAAAAAAAUAUUGGAUAUAGAAAGAAAAUCUGAUUUCGGGUUUUAGGGUGGCUGUGUAAACAGCCUUUGACCUCAACGUUAAGUUAUUCGGAAGAACAUCUGCCUGAGAAACUCUUAGUCGAUGAGGCCCAGAAGCAUCAGUCAGUCACACACGUCUUCAAGGCCAGGCUUCUGCUAGACACACCCCCAUUCAGGGAAAGACUGAGCACAACGAAGUAGCUAUAAUAUCUACACUAUUACCCACUGGGCUGUAAUAUAAUGAAAUAACUAAAUAAGAGAACAGAACACAUGAAACCAAAUAUCCAAACUUAUUUUUUCCUGUUUGCACAUAUAUUUAUAUAUUCAUGCAUAUGUGUUGCAUUAGCUUUCAAACUAAAUUCCAGCAGACCAGCACUUUUCACAUGGACGUGACACCUUACAUUUUGAUUGCUUUGCAUUGUCCUUGUCAACUAAAUGAGAUGAAAGAAGACAGAUAAACACAAGGCAUAAUUUAUUAUGAAUUAUUGUUUAUUUAAGUGUCUUUGAUGCCCAGACAUAUGGGCUUAUAAGACACUAUGGCUGCGUCCCAAAUGCCGCCCUAUUCUCUACAUAGUGUAAUUCUUUUGACCAGGGCCCAUAGUGUUCUGGUCAAAAGUAGUGAACUAUAUAAGCAAUUGGGUGACAUUUGGGACGCACCCUAAUUUGACUGAUUAUUUACAGCAGUGAGCAAACAUAACUCAUCUUCACAUAUCCAUAGAGAUUGCAUACCUACCAGUAGCCCAAAGCAAAGCCAAAUAAAUGAAUUAAUAUGUUACAGGAGCAGCCCCCAUCCAUACAUCACCGUUUUGGAGAACCGUCCCGACUGCUGGCCCGUUCUGCUGCUGGAGAUUGACGACUUCAUCCAGCGGGCCGCUGACAGGUUAGCUAAGGGGUUUUCUUCCGCUGGCCAGCCCCGGAAUCCAACUAGAGGAGAGGCCACACUGCUCGGCCUUCAAACAUGUCAAAGUAAUCUGGUCGUACAGCUGGAGCGUCCUCCAUAACUCAUGACAUGACUGUCAGCUGGUUCACCUGUUUGAUUUGUGUUCAUCUUGGAGGCAUGAUAUUAUCUACUUGAAAUAUGCUUUAAAGUUAUAUUUUACUACAUGGACGUGCAGGUGUGUGUUUAACAUAGAAUUCUCCUGUCUGUUUGUGUGCGUGUGUGUGCGUGUGCUUUCGUGCAUAUAAAACGUGUGUGUAGGGAUGAGUCUGCGUAUGUGACCAUGUUGGCCCCCUUCCUGCGCUACCUGUACUGUGAGCCCCAGCGGCUGGCAGAGUACGCCCUGCUCAGACACAGCCUCCUCAGGGUCCUACUGCCCCCUCAGCCGGUGGACCAGAACCAAGAAAAUAAGAAAGACCAGGAAAAGGAAGAGGACCCGGGACAGAGCCCUGUGGUACGCCACAGCCUGGUUCGCUGUCUCCACGAGCUAGUUCCUCGCAUGCAGGUGAGAUGAGAUUGAUUUUCCUUUUUAAUCCUUUGAGGAAACACACCAUUUACAGUGUAGACAUGAACCUGUGUUAUGUCUCUAUCUCCAGGUGGACAGUGUGGAGGCGGUGUUGGAGCUGCGGGGCCUCGUGGAGGCCAUGAUCCCGGCCCUGGAGGGGGCCGACUGGGUGACUGAGAGGGCCCGGCUGGCCCUGCAGCUGCUGUGUGCCUGUCAGCUCAGUCUGAAGCUUAGCGGAGACUGCAGACCACUACUCCAACUACUGCACCAGCUCCUCCCCACCCGCACAGAGGUGAGCCAGCCGCACAAAGUAGACCAGGGCUGCAUCUCAAUAGUCUAAAAUGGCUUCCUCACCUUGUCUCAUCUCCUUCAUCUGCACAGAUCAGGAAACAGUUUGUGCGGAUUCUAAUGAGAUCAGCCUCUUGCUUCACACUCUUUCAGACGUUGCGCCGCUGUUUAUGGUUAUGUUAUAUUUCUGAGUGAGAAGGAAGAACCCCCAGCAAACCGUUUCCCCACACAGACACAAAGCACAGCAGCUCUUUAGCUUGUUUGUCUGCCUGCGGCUGUGGAGGUUUUGUUAGGAUUCUGUCGACAGCUCCCGCUCAAUGUAUCCAGAUCUGCCUCGCUGUGCGAUCCUAAUCUCUUCAAAGCAUUGGAUCGGGAGCGCACAUAGCUCCAAAGAUUCCUCCGGGGGUCGGAGACUGAGAGGGAAUCUUUUGAGCUCAGUGCGCUGCGCUUACGAUCCCUGCAUUUUCAAGACCCCUCGGGUGGGAUGUGUGUUUGUGUUGGGGGGUGGGAGGGGGUUGUCAGUUUGUAUUCCCACUUCCUCUAAAGUGCGUGUAUGUGUGUGCAUGUGACUGUGCGUGUGUGUGUUUUUCCAGGAGUUCCCGGUGGAGGACAUCAUGGUGGGCUUGGCUCUGCUCCUUCUCGAGGCUUCAGCGCCCCAGCAGACCGGGCUGCUUACACUGGGUAACAUCUCUCUCUCUCUCUCUCUCUCUCUCACUCUCACACUCUCACACACUCACUCACUCACUCACUCACUCACUCACUCACUCACUCACACACACACUGGUACCCCACUCUGUCCCUCUCUCUUCUACUCUAAACUUAACUCUCUCUCUUCUUCUACCACACUCACCUUUCUCUCUCUCACCUACCUCUCUCUCUCUCUCACUCACUCACUCACUCACUCACCUACCUCUCCUUACCUCUCUCGCGUCUGUCUCACUCUUCCACGCUCUCUUUCCCUCCCCCACACUCACCUCUCUUUUCUCUACCUUCCCUACAUGCACCUCUCUGUCUCUCUCGCUCAUCCCUACCCCCAACCGUCUUAAUGAUGAUAUCUUUACCCCCUACAGCCCUAAGUCUGGCCCCUCCAGAGUGUGAGCGCCCUCCCUGGGGGACCCCGGUGCUGGUGCUGCCUCUCCUGCAGGUCCUCUCCUGCUCCGCCCUCAUGGAGCCCCUGACGGACCCCCGCACACACACACGCAACCAGAGCCUGGCCCAGAGCCUCCUACAGAAUGCCCAGAGAGAGUCCUCCAAGCCUGCUGAGGUAAACAAAUGAUCUUCUUAGGGUUAGUACUCAUUCCACCCAAAAAACUUGAAGAAGGAUUUACCUCAGGAUUUACCUUUUUUAUGAUGUGCAUGAGAGGAGCAAUGAUUGAUGCCAAGCAAUGAAAUAUGCCAAGUUAACAGUACAUGUCUGUCAUACUGUAAAUAUGAUGCAAUGCAUUCUUGUUAGCAUAUGGUCUUUAUACCUAUGGUUCUGCCUCCCCUCCCUCUCUCCACCCCACCUCCACCCUCAUCUCCCCCUUCUCCCCACUCUCUCCCCUACUCCUUACCAGAAGGUGUCCCAGUUAGCCUUACCCCUCAGCCCGUGGUCCAGUGAGUUGCUGGUGGCCACCCAGGUCCUACGCCAGGUGACAGGGGACCCGGUGGCGGCUAGCGAGUGGCUCCUGGCGGUGACCUCGGCCCUGCCCCUGAGCCAGUGUGUCCCCUCUCCCCUCACCCUCACCGUGGCCCACUUGGUGGUCACCGGUCAGCAGGACGUCUGCAGACUGGCCCUGAAAACAGCCGCUGCCAUCGCCCAGGCAGACCCCGCACAGGUAGCUACUGGAAACCGCAUGCUGAAGCCACAUUUAUUGAAUUUACUGCCCACAUUCAUAUAUAACUGAUAAGUUAAACUCUAUGAAACAUAGAACUGUCAUAUGUUUUUUGGGUGAACAAUAGUUUUUUGUUGAAUCACUUAAAGAUGCGUUAAAAGGUUUUGUAUAAUUUCAGCUAGUAGUUUUGAAUGUAGAGUUCACGAGCCAAAAUGUGUCCCCGAAAACUGUGCACAACAUCAUCCAUUUCGUAUGAUAUGUUACAUCCUGCAAAAAAAAAAAAACUUUACGCAUUUGUAAGUGCUUAAGAUCCCGUUCGGUACAAUCAAUGAGAAACAAUAUUUUUUCCCCUUUUUAAUCAUUUGCCGUCCCUGUUUCACUCUGCGUCCAAACAUUUUCUCCCUACUGAACACAACUCUGCUUGUUGCUAUCACUACAGUGCAUUCGGAAAGUAUUCAGACCCCUUCACUUUUUCCACAAUUUAUUACGUUACAGCCUUAUUCUAAAAUGGAUUAAAUUGUUUUUUACCUCAUCAAUCUACCCCAUAAUGACAAAGAAAAAACAGGUUUUUUAUAAAUGUUUGCACAUUUAUUAAAAAGAAAAAACGCAAAUAUCAAAUUUACAUAAGUAUUCAGUCCCUUUACUCAGUACUUUGUUGAAGCACCUUUGGCAGCGAUUACAGCCUCGUGUAUUUUGGGGUAUGACGCUACAAGCUUGGCACAACUGUAUUUGGGGUGUUUCUCCCAUUCUCUGCAGAUCCUCUCAAGCUCUCUCCAGAGAUGUUCGAUCGGGUUCAAGUCCGGGCUCUGGCUGGGCCACUCAAGGACAUUCAGAGACUUGUCCCUAAGCCACUCCUGCAUUGUCUUGGCUGUGUGCUUAGGGUCGUUGUCCUGUUGGAAGGUGAACCUUCGCCCCAGUCUGAGGUCCUGAGCACUCUGGAGCAGGUUUUCAUCAAACAUCUCUCAGUACUUUUCUCUGUUCAUCUUUCCCUCGAUCCUGACUAGUCUCCCAGUCCCUGCCACUGAAAAACAUCCCUACAGCAGGAUGCUGCCACCACCAUGCUUUACCGUAGGGAUGGUAUUGGCCAGGUGAUGAACAGUGUCUGGUUUCCUCCAGACAUUACACUUGGCAUUCAGGCAAAGAGUUCAAUCUUGGUUUCAUCAGACCAGGGAAUCUUGUUUCUCAUUGUCUGAGAGUCCUUUAGGUACCUUUUGGCAAACUCCAAGCGGGCUGUCGUGCCUUUUACUGAGGAGUGGCUUCCGUCUGGCCACUCUACCAUAAAGGCCUGAUUGGUGGAGUGCUGCAGAGAUGGUUGUCCUUCUGGAAGGUUCUCCCAUCUCCACAGAGGAGCUCUGUCAGAGUGACCAUUGGGUACUUGGUCACCUCCCUGACCAAGGCCCUUCUCCCCCGAUUGCUCAGUUUCGCCGGGCAGCCAGCUCUAGGAAGAGUCUUGGUGGUUCCAAACUUAUUCCAUUUAAGAAUGAUGGAGGCCACUGUGUUCUUGGGGACCUUCAAUGCUGCAGAAAUUGUUUGGUACCCUUCCCCAGAUCUGUACCUCAACCCAAUCCUGUCUCGGAGCUCAAUGGACAAUUCCUUCGACCUCAUGGCUUGGUUUUUGCUCUGACAUGCACAGUCAACUGUGGGACCUUAUAUACCAGGUGUCUGUCUUUCCAAAUCAUGUCCAAUCAAUUGAAUUUACCACAGGUGGACUCCAAUCAAGUUGUAGAAACAUCUCAAGGAUGAUCAAUGGAAACAGGAUGCACCUGAGCUCAAUUUCAAGUCUCAUAGCAAAGGGUCUGAAUACUUAUGUAAAUAAGGUAUUCUCUGUUUGUGUUUUUGAACACAUCUGCAAAAAUGUCUAAAAACCUGUUUUCACUUUGUCAUUAUGGGGUGUUGUGUUUAGAUUAAUGAGGAUUUUUAUUUAUUUAAUCCAUUUUAGAAUAAGGCUGUAACAAAAUGUGGAAAAGGUGAAGGGGUCUGAAUAAUUUCCGAAUGGACUGUAUAUCGCUGGUUGAAAUGCAAAGGAUUAAAACUGUCAGACACUGUGACCCUGGAGGACUAUCAAUGGAGAUUUGAGUCACCUGCUCUAGACAAUAAAGAAAUGUCACAGUGUAUAUCACCCUUAUUUGCAGCGCUCAUUAAAUGGCUUAGUGCACACCUUUGAUUCUGUAAUUGCUCCCUGAGCGCCUGUUGUUCUGCUAGUUAAGUGGGGAGCAGUAAGUUAUUGGUGCCUUUUAUACCCAUGGCAUUUCCUUGUACCCGUGUGUGUGUAAGAGAGUGAGUGGGUGUGUUUGUGUGUGUGCGUACAGUAUGAAGCAUUUUUGUGUCAUUACAGUGUGUGUUUGUGUGUUGACACCUCAUAUACAGUUUUUAUGGGCUGAUUAAUUUAUCCUUCACCCCAUUGGCUUGUGGGCUGAUCCCCCGCCUCCGAUCUCCACGUCUCUCAGUAACUAGGAAGCUAAAUCAUAACACCACCACUGCGGCCGCCGCAGCCUGCAGACACCGGGGUGCUGCAAACACAAGAUUUCAUGUAUUCUAGUUACUGUCUUGUCACUACAAUGCUAACUCGUAGCGUCUUCAGGCACUGCCAUGCUACAAGUGAAGGAAGGACCUAGUAAAGCUAAGAUGUUAUCUUUAACCAAGAAGAACAGACACAACACAAUAACCAACUAUUCAGUCACCAUCUAAACUGUAGUUACUCUCAAUGCGCUGUUGUAAAGAUCUGGGGCUGUAUGUUUUAAGCGUCUCAGAGUAGGAGUGCUGAUCUAGGAUCAGGUUCCCCCUGUUUAUGUAAUCUUACUUACUGAAAUUUAAAAGGCAAAACUGAUCCUACUCUGAGUAGCUUGACACCAUAUGGCCUCAGAUCUUUACAACAAUGCAUUUAAUGUAAUGACAAAGGUGGUUGGUUAUUGUGUUGGGGAACACAGGUGGCCAUUCCCUCAAAAAGGCCCCCCAAAAUAUGGGAAAGGAGAGAAAAUCCCCCCCCCCCCCCAAUGAUAAGUCAUGCAUAUGCGGGGGUUGCUAGGCAACAGGGCAAUGUGUGGGCGAACGGGAGCGAUAAGCGCGUUAUGCUAAUGAAGGCAUAGCAGUGGCAGAGGCGUCGCCGACGGGACUGAGGGUGAGACAAGGACACAUUUCUCUCCCUCUUCUAUCCCCGGAAGGAAGUAAGGAAGGAGUUAAUGCAUGGAGUAUUGGCUUUAACCUCUGCUCUGGCUCGACUGUUUGGGGCGCGCAUUGGGGUUUUUCAGAGGAUUCCCUCAAAAUGUAAUUGGAUUUUGAAAGAACUGAAAAUAGCUCUUUCACGGAGCACUUAACUUAAGUCCCUGGCCUCUGAAGCCAACGUUUUUGGAUGAAACCAAUUGAACACAAAUUAUCCCAAACCAGGGGGCAACAGUUAGGUGGAGACAUGAAAACAUGUAUAGUAGUGCUGAAAGUAAAGAAUGGUAAGCACGCUGACUGAAUUCUAUCAAUCCAAUGCAUCCAAUGUUUGUGCUAACUGGUAAGUGAAAUUCGUGAUCACACCAUGGUGUCCAUAAGACCAUGUUAAUUGACCAAGUCAUGAAUGGUCCAAGAGAGGGAGGCCUGCUAUCCAUGGGGAGGGGUCAGAGGCUACAUCCCUGUUAUUGGGGGGCACAGGGAGGGGCGGGGGUUACACAGGCAUCCCGCAGGAAUUGAGUUAAUCCCGCACUGUCUCAGUUCAGAAGUUAGAACAGCAUACCCUGUUGGGGGUAGGAGGGGCUAUAUGAUUUUAUGAGGGAACCACUGAGCAAUCCCAUUCCGGGGGUUGUUAUUAAGCCUUACAGUGCCUUCAGAAAGUAUUCAUACCUGUUGACUUAUUCCACAUUUUGUAGUGUCAUACUGGUUGUUGAUCAUUCCUAGACAACCAUUUUCAGGUCUUACCAUAGAUCUUCAAGGAGAUUUAAGUCAAAACUGUAACUCGGCCACUCAGGAACAUUCACUGUCUUCUUGGUAAGCAACUCCAGUGUAGAUUUGGCCUUUUUGUUUUUGGUUAUUGUCCUGCUGAAAGGUAAAUUCAUCUCCCAGUGUGUGGUGGAAAGCGGUUUUCCUCUACAAUUUUGCAUGUGCUUAGCUCAAUUUCUUUUUUAUUCUGAAAAGCUCUCCAAGAUUACAAGCAUACCCAUAACAUGAUGCAGCCACCACAAUGCUUGAAAAUAUGGAGAGUGGUACUCAGUAAUGUGUUGAAGGCACUCCAUCUGUACCUUAUGUACUUAACACAAGAACACAAGGCCGUUCCACUUACUUGCGUAGCAAAAACACGCAAGCAUAUGCAGCAUAUACUUAUCUGGGCACAGUUUUCUAUUUGGCCCAUGGGCCUGCUGUUUGGCACCCCUUCACUAUACUGUAUGGAGGGCUGGCUGUAUGUUGGACGUGUGUGCAUUACCUAAUUUGUCCUUAUUGCUUUCUAUAAUAACACAUACACUACCGUUCAAAAGUUUGGGGUCACUUAGAAAUGUCCUUGUUUUCCAUGAACACAUACAUGAAAUGAGUUUGAAUAGGAAAUAUAGCAAAAUGAAUAGGAGAUGUAGUCACUGACAAGGUUAGAAAUAAUGAUUUUUAAUUUAAAUAAUAAUUGUGUCCUUCAAACUUUGCUUUUGUCAAAGAAUCCUCCAUUUGUAGCAAUUACAGCCUUGCAGACCUUUGGCAUUCUAGUUGUCAAUUUGUUGAGGUAAUCUGAAGAGAUUUUACCCCAUGCUUCCUAAAGCACCUCCCACGAGUUGGAUUGGCUUGAUGGGCACUUCUUACGGUCAAGCUGCUCCCACAAAAGCUCAGUAGGGUUGAGAUCCAGUGACUGUGCUGGCCACUCCAUUAUAGACAGAAUACCAGCUGACUGCUUCUUCCCUAAAUAGUUAUUGCAUAGUUUGGAGCUUUGCUUUGGGUCGUUGUCCUGUUGUUGGAGGAAAUUGGCUCCAAUCAAGCGCCGUCCACAGGCUAUGGCAUGGCGUUGCAAAAUGGAGUGAUAGCCUUCCUUCCUCAAGAUCCCUUUUACCUGUACAAAUCUCCCACUUUACCGCCACCAAAGCACCCCCAGACCAUCACAUUGCCUCCACCAUGCUUGACAGGUGGCAUCAAGCACUCCUCUAGCAUCUUUUCAUUUGGUCUGCAUCUCACAAAUGUUCUUCUUUGUGAUCCGAACACCUCAAACUUUGAUUAGUCUGUCCAUAACAAUUUUUUCCAAUCUUCCUCUGUCCAGUGUCUGUGUUCUUUUGCCCAUCUAAAUCUUUUCUUUUUAUUGGCCAGUCUGAGAUAUGGCUUUUUCUUUGCAACUCUGCCUAGAAGGUCAGCAUCCCGGAGUCGCCUCUUCACUGUUGAUGUUGAGACUGGUGUUUUGCGGGUACUAUUUAAUGAAGCUGCCAGUUGAGGACCUGUUUCUCAAACUAGAUACUCUAAUGUAUUUGUCCUCUUGCUCAGUUGUGCACCGGGCCUCCCACUCCUCUUUCUAUUCUGGUUAGAGCCAGUUUGCGCUGUUCUGUGAAGGGAGUAGUACACAGCAUUGUACGAGAUCUUCAGUUUCUUGGCAAUUUCUCGCAUGGAAUAGCCUUCAUUUCUCAGAACAAGAAUAGACUGACGAGUUUCAGAAGAAAGUUAUUUGUUUCUGGCCAUUUUGAGGCUGUAAUCGAACCCACAAUUGCUGAUGCUCCAGAUACUCAGCUAGUCUCAAGAAGGCCAGUUUUAUUGCUUCUUUAAUCAGCACAACAGUUUUCUGCUGUGCUAACAUAAUUGCAAAUGGGUUUUCUAAUGAUCAAUUAGCCUUUUAAAAUGAUAAACUUGGAUGAGCAAACACAACGUGCCAUUGGAACACAGGACUGAUGGUUGCUGAUAAUGGGCCUCUGUACGCCUAUGUAGAUAUUCCAUAAAAAAUCAGCCGUUUCCAGCUACAAUAGCCAUUUACAACAUUAACAAUGUCUACACUGUAUUUCUGAUCAAUUUGAUGUUAUUUUAAUGGACUAAAAAAAUUGAUUUUCUUUCGAAAACAAGGACAUUUCUAAGUGACCCCAAACUUUUGAACGGUAGUGUAGAUUCAUUUUCCCUCAGUUCCCUUUCCAUAUUCUCUAGUCUUGGCCUAGGAUGAUGAUACCUCCACUAGAACUGACACUAAUUUGGCUGGGGUUGUCUGUUUGUUCUGCCCCCAAGGCUCUACAUGUUUGUCAGGUUUUGUGGGAGAGAGAGAAAGCUUACUUAGUCUUGGAAUGGCAAGAGCCUCCGGGACAAUACUCUGCUAUUGUACAACUCUGUGUGUCACCUGUGGGGGGUUUGAAAGAAGGAAGGAAAGAGAGAGACCGAGUGGGAGUGAAAAGAGAGAGACAGACAGAAAGUGAGUUAUUAAGAAAGGAAGAAAUUAAGGAAUGAGGAGCUCCUAGAGAGAGAGAGGGUGGGGGGUAACACCAGCGCAGGAACGCGACUUUCAAAGUUCAAAGCCUGAUGAUUCCUUUGCCGUUUCAUUGCGCUGUGUGGCGGCGGGGGGUGGCGGUGGCGGGUGAGAUGGAUUGAUUGUGACAGUGUGCAGCUUAGCGCGGCCUAUAAUGAUGUGGGUGAGAAGAACUCAGCAAGAAUGUAGAAUAUUACUCCCCUUUACUCCCACUCUCCCCCAUACAAGAAAAAAAGUGCUUCAAGUAGGUAUGCUUCAACAAGUGUGUGCCCCCCUCCGCUCCUCUGUCUCUCACUCACUCACUUUCUGUCUUUCUCUCUUUCCCACCCCCCUCUUUCUCUCUCUCCCCCUCCCCCAUCGCUCUGUAUUUCUCUCCCUCCCUCCCUCUCUCUCUCUCUGCAGGUCCCAUCCCUUCUUCCUGUUCUGUUGUUUAAGCUGGGGAAGGAGUGUGACCCAGACUUGUCCCACGCUGUGCUCUACUCGCUGCCAAACUUUGGGACCCACAAGGUACUUACUUCACUGCACACGACUGGCCUGUUUGAAAGGCUGAGUCAUAGCCCCAAACACAAAAGGAUUUCCUCGCAGUGGAAAAAUGCUAUAUUUUAGCUGCUAUAACUAUUAGUAGGAGUCUCAACGUCAAAGGACAGGGCUCAGUUUUAGAGAAGACUUUGCAUCUCAUUGCCUCACAUUGAAUAUGGUCAAGAUAGACUUAAUGCAAAGCCUUCCAAGAAAGCCUGCUUUCCUGUGUACCAAUUUAUGUAAUUGAAUAGUGUAUUGGCUCAAACUCAACAUCAUACUUCAUAUUGACAUCACUGUGUGUGUGUGUGUGUGUGUGUGUGUGUGUGUGUGUGUGUGUGUGUGGCUUCCCCUCUCUGACGUGUGGUUUUCAGUUGUGUCUUCCCCAGGUGCUUCACACACUCCAGAUGCUGGGCAGCACCCCCAAGCUGAGGGCCGUGGCACUGCGCCUCAUGACUGCUCUGUGGGAGAAACAGGUUAGUGACUGCUGCAUCUCCAAAUGCAGAAGAGCCAUAUUCUAAGGCAUACUUUUUUUUAUGUGAAUAUAUACAGUACCAGCCAAAGGUUUGGACACACCUACUCAUUCCAGGGUUUUUCUUGAGUUUUACUAUUUUCUACAUUGUAGAAUAAUAGUGAAGACAUCAAAACUAUGAAAUAACAAAUAUGUAAUCAUGUAGUAACCAAAAACGUGUUAAACAAAUCAAAAUAUAUUUUAUAUUUGAGAUUCUUCAAAGUAGCCACCCUUUGCCUUGAUGACAGCUUUUCACACUCUUGGCAUUCUCUCAACCAGCUUCAUGAGGUAGUCACCUGGAAUGCAUUUCAAUUAACAGGUGUGCCUUGUCAAAAGUUAAUUUGUGUAAUUUCUUUCCUUAAUGCGUUUGACAGAAGAUAGUUGAUACAGAAGAUAGACCUAUUUGGUAAAAGACCAAGUCCAUAUUAUGGCAAGAACAGCUCAAAUAAGCAAAGAGAAACGAUAGUCCAUCAUUACUUUAAGACAUGAAGGUCAGUCAAUCAGGAACAUUUCAAGAACUUUUAAAGUUUCUUCAAGUGCAGUCGCAAAAACCAUCAAGCGCUAUAAUGAAACUGGCUCUCAUGAGGACCGCCACAGGAAAGGAAGACCCAGAGUUACCUCUGCUGCAGAGUAUAAGUUCAUUAGAGUUACCAUCCUCAGAAAUUGCAGCCCAAAUAAAUGCUUCACAGAGUUCAAGUAACAGACGCAUCUCAACAUCAACUGUUCAGAAGAGACUUCGUGAAUCAGGCCUUCAUGGUUGAAUUGCUGCAAAGAAACCACUACUAAAGGACACCAAUAAGAAGAAGAGACUUGCUUGGGCCAAGAAACACGAGCAAUGGACAUAAGACUGGUGGAAAUCUGUCCUUUGGUCUGAUGAGUCCAAAUUUUAGAUUUUUGGUUCCAACCGCCAUGUCUUUGUGAAACGCAGAGUAGGUGAACGGAUGAUCUCUGCAUGUGUGGUUCCCACCGUGAAGCAUGGAGGAGGAGGUGUGAUGGUGUGGGGGUGCUUUGCUGGUGACACUAUCGUGAUUUAUUUUGAAUUCAAGGCACACUUAACAAGCAUGGCUACCACAGCAUUCUGCAGCGAUACGCCAUCCCAUCUGGUUUGGGCUUAGUGGGACAAUAAUUUGGUUUUCAACAGGACAAUGACCCAACACACCUCCAGGCUGUGUAAGGGCUAUUUGACCAAGAAGGAGAGUGAUGGAGUGCUGCAUCAGAUGACCUGGCCUCGACAAUCACCCGACCUCAACCCAAUUGAGAUGGUUUGGGAUGAGUUGGACCGCAGAGUGAAAGAAAAGCAGCCAAGAAGUGCUUAGCAUAUGUGGGAACUCCUUCAAGACUUUUGGAAAAGCAUUAUACGCUGGUUGAGAGAAUGCCUGUAGUGUGCAAAGCUGUAAAGGCAAAGGGUGGCUACUGUUGGCAGUUGAUGUUAUUAUUCAAUAACACAGACCCCAAAGCAAAUCAGGGGGAGAAAAAUAUAUUUAUUCAAAGAGAACAAAUCAUAGUUGUUAUGCUGGGAAGUAGAUGGUAGAUAUUCAUUCUUCACUGUGAGUCCAGUUGACCGAGGUAGAUAACCUGUGAUUGCGUGAGUUGGGCCUUAUUAGGGCUAGCUUUAUGGCCUUUGGCAUGCAAGUGGUCUAACAGUGAUUUAGAUUCUUGGCAUGUGUUUCCUCAUCUUCUGACGCUAACAAUAUAUCAUCAGCAUAUUGUAUGACAACAGAUGACAUCGGAGGAAGAUCUUGGAGAUGUCUCCGCAAUGCCUGAUGAUAAAUCGAAGGACUAUUAUGAAGACCCAUAGGAGUCCUAGUCCACUGAUACUGUUGACCAUCCACAGAAAAAGCAAGCCAUGGACGGACCUCUGAAUGUAAGGGUACCGACCAGAACCCAUUAGUCAUAUCAACGACUGAGAACAGAGAGUGAGCAGGUGACAAUAAGGAAAAGAUGGUUGAGGGUUCAGCCACCAGUGGAGUGAGCUUGGAUAUGGCUUCAUUUGAAUUCUUGUAAUCCACUGUCACCUGCCAGUCACCACUUGAUCUUUUUCACUUGCCAUACCGGGCUAUUGGAGGCAGAGUGUUUCUUUUCAACAAUCACUACUUUAGUAGCAGCCAUAGCUUCCUUGCUAAUGGGAUAUUGUUUAGUGCAAGGUGGGGCAACACCUGUCAAGCACACUGGUUCCAUGUCCAAAGCUCCACACUCAUUUUUCUUCGUUGUCCAAAUAGGAUGGUUCUGAACCUUAGAUCCCUGCAGUUGUCUAAUUUGCCAUGUCACCUUUCCUUCAGAGAUGUUCAGUGUAGAGGUUGUUCAAAGGAUCCUAUCCACACCCUUGCAUCAAUCUUCAUUGGACCAUUGGAAAUUGAUAAUGGUUUGGUCUGCUUCAUAUCUGUCUCCCCCCACUCCCGUUGCUCUCAUCUUCUUGCCCGUGUACUGAGGUUUGCAUAAGAUAUGGUGACUUCAGCACCCGUAUCUACUAAAAAAUCUACUGCAAAGUUGUUAACCAGCAUGUUCACAUAUAUUCCAUCCGAUUUCAUAUGUACACCAGCUGAGAUGGGACGUAAGAGGGGGUUUGUUAGUUUAACUCCACUGCAUCCAGCAGACCCUGCUGCUGAGCCGGAGAGAGCUUCUUACAUUUCUGCAUCAGCAUUGUGUCAUUGGAGCUGUUGUCCUGUUCCUUAGAUGACCACUGCUUCUCUUGGCCACUUCUCAUAAGGACACGUUUUCUUGUCCGACAUUCUCGUAGCCAGUGACCAGAAAUCCCGCAAUAAUGACAUGCACCAGGUUUCUUUUCUGCUGAACGAGUAAUGUUGUUGGUUUCACUCGGAACCUGCUCAACUCUGAUGACAGGCGGUUUAUUAUGUUGAGUGAUGUAUCUGUCCAGUCGUGACAGCCUGUCAAUGAUGUCGCCAUAGUUUUGUCUCUCCCAAUCAGUGGUUGUGGAAACAAAAGUUUUUGCGCAAAUCAUUGUGUAUGGAUUGCAUCAACUGAUGUGUGAUUGCCCCAUUCUUGGAGGAGUUGAGUGCAUCUUCAUCCUCCAUGUGUCUAACCACCUCUGCUCUAAACCUCUUCAAAUUCAACAAAUGGCUCUUUCGAUUUUUGGACACAUUUGGUUAUCUCUCCCCAAUUGGUGGUGGCAUUGGUCAGACCCUUAAGGAAAACAUGUAUGCCUGUCCAUCCAUCGGCCACAUCUUGCUCUUCACCACCCACAGCGCCAUAAACCUUUUCUUCAAGUACGCCAUGUUCACGGUUGUUCAAAACAAAGGCUAAUAACUGUAACCCAUCAUAAGGAUGUAGAUUGUAGAGUUUUUUAUAUCGCCUUAAAUGGUCCCAUGUCUUCAUACCCACGUCUUGUGGAUGCUUCAAAGUCUUUGACCAUUCAUCCAACUGUUUUGGAGAUGCAGAUUUAUGUUUGAUUACUGUCACUGGAGGUUUGUCUUUACUCCCUUUAACAGCCUGUGUUCUGGUUGGCCUGAGACAUCGUUUGUCACCGCUGUCAGAGUCUGUUGACUCAAAGCCAGGCAGUGCUGACCAGAUGCUUGAAACCCGAUCUGCCUUGCGCAACUCAGCAUGAGGGUAGAUUGAGGGAACAAAGAGCCCACAGGUGGGGGCCAAGUCUGCCUUUGACACCCUUGUAUUCUGUAAUUGUUGAAUUUCCUCUUUUAAUGUUCUUGUUUGUUCACCAAGAGCCCUCAAAUUCUCUCAGCAAUGUCUUAUCAUGAUUAUCACGAAGGAAUUUGUCAUCUCGUUUUAUACAGUUAAAGACCAUUGUGUCUUGGUCAAUGAGUUAGACAUUCUCUGUAUUUUCCCCCAAGCUUUUUGUAUAUCAGACAGAUUCCAGAUUCCAUCUUUGUCAACAAUGACAGAAUAUUUCUUUAUUAUCUCCUGCCUACACUUCUCUACUUUGAAAGGGUUCUUCAUAUCACUAGACAGUGAAUUUAAUAUAUUUUUCAUGUUCACAUCCGGAGCAGCUGUCACGCCCUUUUCCAGAGUGGUUCUCUCACUUGAAAAUGCCCUUACACCAACUUCAGAAGUUGUAUAAUAUAUAUAUAUAUGUUUAUAAACUUAUUUAACCCCAAAAUAUAUGUAUAUAUAACACCUUGAGGACUCAAACCUCUAUCUAUAUAACGCAAAUUGUUUCUGUAGGGCCUGGUUACCCAUAAAAAACUUGCGUUUACUUCAUAAGCUUGUUGAGGACUUGAACCUCGUAAAACUUGUGUUCACUUCAAAAGCUUGCAAAAUGCUUACAAGGCUUACAUUACCCAAAAUUGCUACUCAACUAGCAACUCACUUCUAUACAAUAAGGUUUCACUCCCUUAAUCAAUUAUGGCUUAUUUUAAUUGAUAGGGCUUUUACAAAGGACUCUAACCUUUAACAAAGGACUAACCUUUAACCAAGGACUAACCUUUAACCAAGGACUAACCUUUAACCAAGGACUCUAACCUUUAACAAAGGACUCUAACCUUUAUACAUCACAUAUACAUAUCACUCAUUGCAUGCACUUAUUUUAACCUGAUUUCGUGCUUUUAGAUGAUAUAGGUCUAGACUCACCCAGCAAUUAUGCCAUCAAUCAGGAGAUUAAGAACUGAAUCCCGAAGUGGGUUGAGCACAGCCCUCUCUUUAUCCCCUGGAUCAACACACAGUUGAUGAGUUUUUUCUUGUUGUUGGUCAAGACCAAUUAAUCCGGGUCACGGCACCAAGUGUUAGCAGCAAAUCAGGGGGAGAAAAAUAUUAUUUAUUCAAAGAGAACAAAUCAUAGUUGUUAUUCUGGGAAGUAGAUGGUAGAUGUUCAUUCUUCCCUGUUCUCAAUGUUUCUCCACUGAACAAAGAGACAGGAUGUAGUUUAUAGCCUCAAGCCUAGUAUGUGGCUGACCAAUUAGAAUUCCUUGCAAUAAAAUUGGGAUACUGGCCAAACCCCCAAGUAUCUUGUUUCAGGCUCAAUGUAUAGACCAUUUGGACCAAUGAAAACUUCCCACAUGUAACUAUGAAUAAAAACAACUAUUUCCAUUGAUCGUUAAUUCCCUCUUGACCUCUAGUCCUCUGUUGACCACUAGUCCUCUUGACCACUAGUCCUCUGCGUUGUGUAUAUUUAUCUUCGAAUAUUCGUACACUACUUUGAAGAAUCUAAAAUGUAAAAUAUAUUUUGAUUUGUUUAACACUUUUUUGGUUACUACAUAAUUCCAUAUGUGUUAUUUACUAGUUUUGAUGUCUUCACUAUUAUUCUACAAUGUAGAAAAUAGUAAAAAUAACAAAAAACCCUUGAAUGAGUAGGUGUGUUCAAACCUUUGACUGGUACUCUAUUCGGAAAGUAUUCAGACCCACUGACUUUUCCCACAUUUUGUUACGUUACAGCCUUAUUCUAAAAUGAAUUAAAUACACACAAGACCACAUAAUGACAAAGCGAAAAGCAGUUUUUUUGUGCACAUAUAUAUAUAUAUAUAUAUAUAUAUAUAUAUAAAAAGAUACCUUAUUUACGUAAGUAAUUAGUGCUAUGAGACUCAAAAUUGAGUUCAGUUGCAUCCUGUUUCCAUUGAUCAUCCUUGAGAUGUUUCUACAACUUGAUUGGAGUCCACCUGUGGUAAAUUCAAUUGAUUGGACAUGAUUUGGAAAGGCACAUACCUGGGGCGAAGGUUCACCUUCCAACAGCACAACGAUCCUAAGCACACAGCCAAAACUGUUCAGGAGUGGCUUCGGGACAAGUCUCUGAAUGUCCUUGAGUGGCCCAGCCAGAGCCUGGACUUGAACCCGAUCAAAAAUCUCAGGAGAGACCUGAAAAUAGCUGUGCAGUGACGCUCCUCAUUCAACCUGACAGAGCUUGAGAGGAUCUGCAAAGAAGAAUGGGAGAAACUCCCCAAAUACAGGUGUGCCAAGCUUGUAGUGUCAUGCCCAAGAUUCAAGGCUGUAAUCGCUGCCAAAGGUGCUUCAACAAAGUACUGAAUAAAGGGUCUGAAUACUUUUGUUAAUGUGAUAUUUCAGUUUAACAUUUUUGGUUAAAUGUGCAAAAAUUUAUAAAAACCUGUUUUUGCUUUGUCAUUACGGGGUAUUUUCUACAUUUGUGUAGAAACAAUGUAAUCAAUUUUAAAAUAAGGCUAUAACGUAACAAAAUGUGGAAAAGGUAAAGGGUUCUGAAUACUUUCCGAAUUCACUGUAUGUACAGUGGGGAAAACAAGUAUUUGAUACACUGCUGAUUUUGCAGGUUUUCAUACUUACAAAGCAUGUAGAGGUCUGUAAUUUUUUAUCAUAGGUACACUUCAACUGUGAGAGACGGAAUUUGCAUUUUAUUGCAUGACAUAAGUAUUUGAUCACCUACCAACCAGUAAGAAUUCCGGCUCUCACAGACCUGUUAGUUUUUCUUUAAGAAGCCCUCCUGUUCUCCACUCAUUACCUGUAUUAACUGCACCUGUUUGAACUCGUUACCUGUAUAAAAGACACCUGUCCACACACUCAAUCAAACAGACUCCAACCUCUCCACAAUGGCCAAGACCAGAGAGCUGUGUAAGGACAUCAGGGAUAAAAUUGUAGACCUGCACAAGGCUGGGAUGGGCUACAGGACAAUAGGCAAGCAGCUUGGUGAGAAGGCAACAACUGUUGGCGCAAUUAUUAGAAAAUGGAAGAAGUUCAAGAUGACGGUCAAUCACCCUCGGUCUGGGGCUCCAUGCAAGAUCUCACCUCGUGGGGCAUCAUUGAUCAUGAGGAAGGUGAGGGAUCAGCCCAGAACUACACGGCUGGGACCACAGUCUCAAAGAAAACCAUUAGUAACACACUACGCCGUCAUGGAUUAAAAUCCUGCAGCGCACGCAAGGUCCCCCUGCUCAAGCCAGCGCAUGUCCAGGCCCAUCUGAAGUUUGCCAAUGACCAUCUGGAUGAUCCAGAGGAGGAAUGGGAGAAGGUCAUGUGGUCUGAUGAGACAAAAAUAUAGCUUUUUGGUCUAAACUCCACUCACCGUGUUUGGAGGAAGAAGAAGGAUGAGUACAACCCCAAGAACACCAUCCCAACCGUGAAGCAUGGAGGUGGAAACAUCAUUCUUUGGGGAUGCUUUUCUGCAAAGGGGACAGGACAACUGCACCGUAUUGAGGGGAGGAUGGAUGGGGCCAUGUAUCGCGAGAUCUUGGCCAACAACCUCCUUCCCUCAUUAAGAGCAUUGAAGAUGGGUCGUGGCUGGGUCUUCCAGCAUGACAACGACCCGAAACACACAGCCAGGGCAACUAAGGAGUGGCUCCGUAAGAAGCAUCUCAAGGUCCUGGAGUGGCCUAGCCAGUCUCCAGACCUGAACCUAAUAGAACAUAUUUGGAGGGAGCUGAAAGUCCGUAUUGCCCAGCGACAGCCCCGAAACCUGAAGGAUCUGGAGAAGGUCUGUAUGGAGGAGUGGGCCAAAAUCCCUACUGCAGUGUGUGCAAACCUGGUCAAGACCUACAGGAAACAUAUGAUCUCUGUAAUUGCAAACAAAGGUUUCUGUACGAAAUAUUAAGUUCUGCUUUUCUGAUGUAUCAAAUACUUAAAAAUCAUACAAUGUGAUUUUCUGGAUUUUUGUUUUAGAUUCCGUCUCUCACAGUUGAAGUGUACCUAUGAUAAACAUUACAGACCUCUACAUGCUUUGUAAGUAGCAAAACCUGCAAAAUCGGCAGUGUAUCAAAUACUUGUUCUCCCCACUGUGUGUAUAUAUAUAUAUAUAUAUAUAUAUAUAUAUAUAUAUAUAUAUAUAUGUAUGUAUGUGUGUAUAUAUACUGAACAAAAAUAUAAACGCAACAUGUAAAGUGUUGGUGCCAUGUUUCAUGAGCUGAAAUAAAAUAUCCCUGAAAUGUUCCAUACGAACAAAAAGCUUAUUUCUCUCAAAUUUGGUGAACAAAUGUGUUUACAUCCCUGUAAGUGAGCAUUUCUCCAAUGACAAAAUAAUCCAUCCACCUGACAGGUGUGGCAUAUCAAGAAGCUGAUUAAACAGCAUGAUAAUUCCACAGGUGCACAUACGACAAUAAAAGGCCACUCUAAAAUGUGCAGUUUUGUCACACAACACAAUGCCACAGAUGUGUCAAGUUGAGGGAGUGUGCAGUUGGCAUUCUGACUGCAGGAAUGUCCACCAGAGCUGUUGCCUGAAAAUGGAAUGUUAAUUUCUCUACCAUAAGCCGCCUCCAACGUCAUUUUAGAGAAUUUGGCAGUAUGUCCAACCGGCCUCACAACCACAGACCAUGUGUAACCACGCCAGCCCAGGACCUCCACAUCUGGCUUCUUUACCUGCGGGAUUGUCUGAGACCAGCCACCCGGACAGCUGAUGAAACUGAGGAGUAUUUCUGUCUGUAAUAAAACUCAUUUUGACUGGCUGGGCCUGGCCCCCAAGCUGCGCCGAUGGCCAUUCAUGUGAAAUCCAUAGAUUAGGGCCUAAUGAAUUUAUUUCAAUUGACUUAUUUCCUUAUAUGAACUGUAACUCCGUAAACGCAUUGAGAUUGUUGCUUGUUGUGUUUAUAUAUCUGUUCAGUGUACACUACCAGUCAAAAGUUUGGACACACCUACUCAUUCAAAGGUUUUUCUUUAUUUUUUUUAUUUUUUUUUACAUUGUAGAAUAAUAGUGAAGACAUCAAAACUAUGAAAUAACACAUAUGGAAUCAUAUAGUAACCAAAAAAGUGUUAAACAAAUCAAAGUAUAUUUUAUAUUUGAGAUUCUUCAAAUAGCCACCCUUUGCCUUGAUGACAGCUUUGCACACUCUUGGCAUUCUCUCAACCAGCUUCAUGGGGUAGUCAUCUGGAAUGCAUUUCAAUUAACAGUUUUGCCUUCUUAAAAGUUCAUUUGUGGAAUUUCUUUCCUUCUUAAUGCAUUUGAGCCAAUCAGUUGUGUUGUGACAAGGUAGAGGGGUAUACAGAAGAUAGCCCUAUUUGGUAAAAGACCAAGUCCAUAUUAUGGCAAGAAUGGCUCAAAUAAGCAAAGAGAAACGACAGUCCGCCAUUACUUUAAGACAUGAAGGUCAGUCAAUAUGGAACAUUUCAAAAACUUUGAACGUUUCUUCAAGUGCAGUCGCAAAAACCAUCUAGCGCUAUGAUGAAACUGGCUCUCAUGAGGACCGCCACAGGAAUGGAAGUCCCAGAGUUACCUCUGCUGCAGAGGAUAAGUUCAUUAGAGUUACCAGCCUCAGAAAUUGCAGCCCAAAUAAAUGCUUCAUAGACACAUCUCAACAUCAACUGUUCAGAGGGGACUGUGUGAAUCAGGCCUUCAUGGUCGAAUUGCUGCAAACAAACCAUUACUAAAGGACACCAAUAAGAAGAAAAGACCUGCUUGGGCCAAAAAACAUGAGCAAUGGACAUUAGACCAGUGGAAAUUUGUCCAAAUGGUCUGGAGUCCAAAUUGGAGAUCUUUGGUUCCAACCGCUGUGUCUUUGUGAGAUGUGUGGGUGAACGGAUGAUGUCCACAUAUGUAUUUCCCGCCGUAAAGCAUGGAGGAGGAGGUAUAAUGGUGUGGGGGUGCUUUGCUGGUGACACUGUCUGUGAUUUAUUUCGAAUUCAAGGCACACUUAACCAGCAUGGCUACCACAGCAUUCUGCAUCUAUACGCCAUCCCAUCUAGUUUGGGCUUAGUGGGACUAUCAUUUAUUUUUCAACAGGACAAUGACCCAACACACCUCCAGGCUGUGUAAGGGCUAUUUGACCAAGAAGGAGAGUGAUGGAGUGCUGCAUCAGAUGACCUGUCCUCCACAAUCCCCCGACCUCAACCCAAUUGAGAUGGUUUGGGAUGAGUCGGACCGCAGAGUGAAGGAAAAGAAGCCAACAAGUGCUGAGCAUAUGUGGGAACUCCUUCAAGACUGUUGGAAAAGCAUUCUUCAUGAAGCUGGUUGAGAGAAUGCCAAGAGUGUGCAAAGCUGUCAUCAAGGCAAAGGGUGGCUAUUUGAAGAAUCUCAAAUAUGAAAUAUAUGUUCAUUUGUUUAACACUUUUUUGGUUACUACAUAAUUCCAUAUGUGUUAUAUCAUAGUUUUGAGGUCUUUACUAUUAUUCUACAAUGUAGAAAAUAGUAUAAAUAAAGAAAAACCCUUGAAUGAGUAGGUGUGUUCAAACGUUUGACUGGUACUAUAUAUAUAUAUAUAUGUGUAUAUAUAUUACAUUUAAAGUUGUAUUACGUUUUCUUGUUUUUCAGUCCACAAACAAACACAAUCCACAAAAUGUGAAUACUUUUUUUACAUUCAAAUAACAAUACUGUAUAUGAUGCCAGCUGAUUGUCCACACUGCACUUUCAGAAGGGUGUUUCAUUUGCAACGCAUUGUUUCCCAGAUGGCGGGAGUUGACACUUCGGCAGUCUUGAUUUGGAAUUAAGUGUCUCUUUCUGUCUCUCUCUUGCUCUCUCUCUCUCUCUCUCAUUCACUAUCUAUCUGUCUCUCUCUGGGCCAUAGGACCGUGUGUACCCUGACCUCCAGAGGCUGAUCUCCCAGCUAGAGAAGUCGUCUGUGCUUCUGGGGAAGGAGGCCCAGUGGGAACAGAUCCUAGCCAGGGCUGCCUGUGUCAGAGACAUCUGCAGAGAGAGGUGGGCUCCAACACUCCUCUGAGACUUACACUGUCUGUCCCCUCAGGGUUCUUCCUAAACCAUUCGCUUUCCCUACACCAAGUGUGGCCAACCCUCUUCCUGGGGAGCUGCUGGCUGUGCAGGCUUUUGCUCCGUCCCUGCUCUAUAACAUGCCUGAUUCUACUCAUCAGCUGCUCAUCGGGAACCUAGAUUAGCUGAAUAAGUUGUUGGAGAAGGGCUGGCUCAAAAGCCUGCACACUCAGUAGCUCUACAAAAGUGCCUUGGAGGUAAGGGAUAGAGGUGGAUUUUGAAUUCACUUCUAGAAAGAGGUUUUAAUGACUCGUCUGUGUCCCAGGCCCUACCAGCACGGUGGGGACAUGCUGGCUGCCAUCACACACACUCUGGCCCAGUGUUCCAGACCAGACCAGGCCGCCCCCGCUGCCUUGGCCCUGCAAGGCCUACACGAGCUCUGCCGCACCGAGGUGAGAAAUACACAUGCAUGCCAGGGUUUCCGUUAGCCGGUAAUUGCCGGCUUUUGGCCGUACAUAUUUUUUUUUAAAGCCGAUUAAAACAAUGGUGGCCUGCCAAAUUGACUGGGAGAAAAAAACAACGUUAGGCAGGCUAUCAGCGCGCCACCCACCACUUUACAAUGGGAGUUGGAGGCAGUAUGCAUUUUGAAAACAUACUUCAUUGUUUGAAACCUGAAUGUUUUCUUUAAUAUUAUGAGGCAUGUCUUACCGUUCUUGAAAGUCCGACCAUAGAAGGUGGAGGCAAUUAUCUCAUAAAGACUUCAUAGUGAGUUUCAAGUUUGGGGAAGCAUACAAUUUAUCCUACCAUUUCUACCAGUCAGUUAUGAUUUUCAUAUGUGCGUUUUCGUGGAACAGUUUCAUUUCAAUAAUGUUUUUGUUUCUCAAAAUCAUUGUCAUGUGGAAAUCAUAAAAAUCUUAAUUAAAAGGAUAAAUAUCUAAAAGUUAAAAUUCAACUAAUGCGAGAGCACCAGCCUCUGCCAUAUGGAAACAUUACCAUAAUCUUUGGUGCUAAAUAGCAUAAAUGAGAGCAUUGGAACUCAGAGACGGCCAAUGCAGCCGUUGGCCUAUAAAUUCCAUUGUCAACUGAGUAAAAAUAGAUAAAAACAGUAGAAAAUAUAACCUACUGAUAACAAUUCUGUUUUUUUCAAUUACAUUCAUCUCUCUACUUUGCCUGUCUGUCUCCCUUUUUAUCAGUCUUGACUUGAGCUAUUGCUAGUGAAGUGCAAAAUUGUAUUAAAUCAUCACAGGGUCCAGCCCAAAGCUGUAGCUAGCGAACUUGCAGCAUUGUAUCAACUAGCCUAUUCUAGGCCCUCGGAGUUUCCCGCCCCAGUGAGCUCGGGACUGACAGCUGUUUUUGCGCAAGGGAAAGGUAGGCUAUUUUAUGACGUUUCCACUGCAUAAAUGGGAUCAUCCGAUUUAUGAUAUUUUGCUCUUUCACACCGAGGCUUGGUGAUUACUGAUGCGGAGAUUGUUGGAAAGAUUUUCCAAACAGGCCUACUGUGAGGAACUAUUAGGCAAUCAUUCGCCAUGGAUGUUUAAAAAACAGACUUUGUUGACUUACUGUGUGAGGUGAAGGAAAAAAUGACUGGGAAGCUCAGCUUAUUACUGGUGGACGUGGUAACUAAGACAAUCAGAAAUCAAACAUCCCCAAAUGGGCACUUUCCUACAUUUAGCGCGCAGCAUGCCAGGUAGGCUACUUCUAUGCGUGCUCAGGCAUGUGCGCUCCCUCAACAUUAACAAGACAGAGAAACCAGACCCAUGCUCAUUGCUCACAUGGAGCACUCCAAACAAAAGACAAUGAAAAAAUGGACAACUCGUAAAUGAUAGUUAGAAAAUAAACCAAAACGUGUUUCUCACAAGUGUAGCCGGUUGUGAACUCUGCAAACAACGUUUCCACUCCGAGAAUGAGAACGCUAAAUGACUGUAGGCCUAAUUAGUAAUACAAAUGCGUUAACAGAAAUUAAUGUAACCAAAUGGCGGGGAUUAACGGUACAUUUACUACUGGUGACAGGUGUAAUGGGGAAUUGAUCAAAAAUAAACAAUCGAAGGGCAAACAAUGAAUGCGCAAGAAUUUGCGGGAGACAGCUGAGUGCAUUCUGGAGAGCUGAGCCAUGCAUUCUGGAAAGAGACACACCUCCAGGCUGUCUUCGCCACACACCCCUCCUCUUCUUCUUGUCUCAACGUUUUAAGUUAUACUCAAGACACAUUAUCUUCACACAUUUUAGAUGCUUUUCACUGACAGCCGCAACUCAAUAAUCAGCUAGGCCUUUUGCCACGCCGCUGCCUAUGAAACACCUCCUCAUAUGCAAUUUAUUUCCUGUUCCUGCAAGUGCUGGUUUAGUGUUUUUUCCCCUUUUUCCUGUGAAUUGCAUUUUGGCAAGUGUUUGAAAAGGACGUUUUAUUGUCUGCAUCAUUACAGGAGUUGCAUGUUUUGUUAAGAUGAAUUACCAUAAUCUAAAUGUGAUUUCUGUCAUUCUGAACACCGUGAGUGGAUUUCCUAAAGUAUAUGUGUCCGGUAAAUUUCUCAAAUGGCCGGUAAGUUUAAAUAUUCCCGUCACGUUGUCCGGCGCCACAUUUGGCUAACGGAAACCCUGACGCACGUACGCACGCACGCGCACACACACACAUGCUCGCAUGUAGGCACACACACACACACUACCACAACACUUUCUAAGAUAUCUGAAUAUGAGUAUUGUGUUUUAAUACUGUCUUACUCAUCAAUUUCUUUUGGUCUGUAAGCAUAAUUCAAUAAACCCCCUAAGAUAGCAUUGUCUUCAGGUGGUAAACAUUGAUGAUGUUGUGUUUCUCCAGGUGGUAGAUGUGGGUUCCACAUGGACAGCCUUGGGCCCUAAACUGAGCUGUGACUCUAGACCCCUGGUGGUCAAGGCCAUAGCGGAGCUCCUGGCUCUGCUGCCACAGCUCACUGUCAAGACAGAGGAGUACGAGGUACACCAACUACUCCUCCAAAUCAGUUAACUAUACAUAACACACCUGGGGCCAUAUUUUAACAAUAGAAAUGCAAACAAGUGUUUUUGUAUUUAUGCAGCAUUUCAAUUUGAUGUGAUUUGAAAUGGGCCUUUUCACCCUUAACUAUGGCUUGUUUUCCUUCAGAAACUCAAAGAGCAGGUUGUCAGCUUUCUCUGGGGCUACGCUCUCAACAAGGUUGGUGGAGAAAUCAGCAUGCAUCCCAGACUAGCCAAAUCCCAGAUCUUUGUGCAUGUUUUUGUUUUGAUCGGUUUGUUUGUCAUUUGUUUGUUUGUGUGUUCCAGGAACCUGAGGUGGCCAUUUGUGGCUACAAGGCCCUGUCAGAGUUCCCAGAGGCAGCACACACACUCCAUCACCUCCCCGAGCAGGUGAGAGUCCCACUGGAUAGACAACGCUCUCACAAUGUUCCUACAACCACCCAGACAUUUUAUGUAGUAGUAAUUCAUCCCUGGAGCGGCAGGUAGACUAGAGGUUAGAGAGGCGAGCCAGCAACAGGAGGGUUGCCAGUUCGAAUCCUGGGUCCGACAGGAAAAAUCUGUCUGGAAGUGAGCUUGUACAGGAGGGUUGCUUAUAUAAAAUCCUAGAUGCCAUUGCCUGCCGUUGUGCCCUUGAGCAAGACACUUAACCCUCCACAACAACAGCUCCCUGGGCGCCCAGUGUGGCAGCCCCCCGCACCUCUCCAAAAACCUGUAUAUGUAUCGGAGGGGUUGGGUUGAAAGCGGAAGUCAAAAUUUGGUUGGACCUUGUGUGCAAUUGACCAAAAAAGUUAUCUUUAAUCUGAUCUUAAUCCAUCAUACUCACAAUUAAUCAUAUUGUUGUUUAUCAUUGUUGUGUAAUGCAAUCAGUCAGCAAAUAAUGUCUUUGGUAUGCUGGUUUGUCUUCCUGAUAGGCCAGGCCGGUCGCAAAACUUCCUGAAAGUGUGGAGGAGGAACAGGGGAAAGAGAAGGAGGAAGAGGAGGAAGAAGAUCUGUCCAUUCCAGGUCCAUCCUAUGUGAAGCUCCUAGGUCUCACAUCCCUCUCAGUCCUGCCAGGUAGAAGCUGCUCAGAUCUUAUAUACUCCACAUCUCUAACUACUUUGGUUCUUUCCUUUUCUGUCCUUUCUAUGAAUACUGUACUGUUAGACACAUAGACUAACAACACACACACACGCGCGCAUGCAUACUCACUCUCUCUCUCUCUCUCUCUCUCUCUCUCUCUCUCUCUCUCUCUCUCUCUGUCUCUCUCUCUCUCUCUCUCUCUCUCUCUUUCACUACAUCUCUUUAGAAUCACAGCAGCACUGAGCACCGUGCCAACUUUCGAGGAUGGGACUAAGUGUAUUCAGAUCUCGAUUUAAUAGUGUAUUCGGAUCUCGAUUUAAUGCAGCGUUUGAAUUGUUUUGUGUGAAACUAUUCAGCAAUACCCCCCCGAGGACUGUCCAUACGCGCUGAAACGCAACACCAAAGGGCAGUUGACUCGAAUAAAUCAGAAAUUCUGCUCCAAUCCCUCGACAGCCGCUUUCGCCAAACUCUACCCCACUCCAGUUGCCUGCUCCAAUGUAAUUUAAUGAAGCGUGUCAAUUAUAUUAAACGAUGAGGAAUCCUGAAAAGUAAACCGGCGCUCAAUGUCCUUUUGUCGACAUGCUUUGUUCCCAGACGCCCCGGACCACUCUUUCGCUCUUUCCCUUCUCUGCCUCGUUAAAAUAAACUAUAUGUGUUUACACCGUAGUCUCCCACUGUGUGUGAAACUGUGUGAAUACUCUUCUCUGGUCUUACACUGGUUGGGGACAUCCAUCAUGACAUCCAUUAUAUACAGUAUGUAGGCCUAAAUUCAAAUAGUAUUUGUUUUAUUUCAAAUAGUGUUUCAUUUAGCCUUCCUGAGUGCAGGAUGGGUGCGGUUUGCACUUUUGAGACUAUUCUAUUUUGUUCCAUUGCAGAAUUCAAAUCUGCCACUAUCGCCUCUUUUCCCUCACUCUCUCUCUUUUUCAAUCUCUCUCUUUCUCUCCCCACCCCCCUCUGUUCAGCUCUUGAGCUCUUCCUGACGUCCCUGGUGAGGCAGGAGAUGAGCCAGAUGCCCCGUGGGGUGUACCACUCUGCCCUGAAAGGGGGGAGCCUCCGGUCAGACCAGGGGAAAACGGUGGCAGGGAUCCCAGGCUUCAUGCUGAAGACCUAUGAGAAGAGCAAACAGCCUGGUCUCAAACCUGGCCUGGCAGGUAGGUACCAACACACACCAUCAAUGAGAAAGAUUCAAUAACAGGGUGUCCGCGGGUCCUUAAUUUAUCUGAUAUAAAGGCCUUAAUUAGUCUGCUAAAUUGUUGACAUCCCCUGUAUUGAAAUGUAAGGAUAAAUGAAUUAAAAUCAUGAAUCGGCUAGUCAGUUAAAUGUAUGCAAAAUGAAUCAUUCUUGACUGCAUGAGUUACUAUGCAUUUAGUGUUACUGUUCAUGAAAAUAAAGGUUAGAUUUCUCAAAUUAAUAUUGAUAAUUUAUUUGACUAGGACCAGGUUAGCUAGGUUUUCCACAAAUUACGUUUUAUGUGAUGUAAUGUUUGUGUGUUCCAGCCGGCCUCCUUCUCUCCUUUGACCUGUCCGUCCAGACCGACCGAGAUGGACGACCAAUCAACCGCUUCCUCCUCAGCAGGGGGCGGAGCUACCAGCAGAUGUUAGCCACUCUCAUUCACGAGGUGACCUCUCCUAUCUCUCUCUGGCUGAAUCCCAAAUCACCCCCUUCCCCUCGGCCCUCCAUUUGUGCGUUCACGUUUACCUCUGCCAUUUGCACAAGUGUCCCAAAGCUGAGGGAGUGAAAUGUAUUGAGGGUGUAAGGGCUAAUUAGACCCACAGAUAGCAACUUUGACCGAGCCAGCAAGGCUGCAGGCUUCAGACCGAAGUGCUAUCCCGACACGCACUGUGAUAUGUUUUGAGUUUGUGCAAUUUCAUACAAAUGAAUGGAAAGGCGUGCCUAAUUAUAUUCCACAUGCAUUUGUUUCUGAUUUUGAGACUUGCCAGAGAUUAAAUACCUUCCAAAUUAAAUGUUUAACUGUUACUGAGGUUUAUAUCUUGUAAAACAACAGGGGGAUUUGUUAAUUUGAAUUUCAUGCUAGUUUUAUUAUUUAAAAGUGGAACAUGAAUUGCAUCAUUCAAGUCACGAGUGUGUUCAAAAGUUGAUGGGUUUAUUGAUCCCAUCGCCAGUCUCUGGAAGUCACACUCUGAGUUUCAUCAGCAACACGUGACAGCGGAGGGCCCUCCGAGCGAGUUGGUAGGGGCAAGGGGGUGGUUCGGGAUUCACUGUCUCUCUCUUUCUCUCUUCUCUCGCUCUCUGUAGACGCCUUUGUAUUUCUCCCCUAUCGUCAUAUUUCUGCUCACUUUCUCUUUCUUUCAUUCAUAUUCUAUUUCUUCUUUUUCUGUUGUCCUUACCUUUUCUGUUUGUCAUUGUCUCCUCUGGCUCUUUCUUUCUCUCCCUCUUUCUUUCUCUCCCUCUGUCUUUCUCUCCCUCUGUCUUUCUCUCCCUCUGUCUUUCUCUCCCUCUUUCUUUCUCUCCCUCUGUCUUUCUCUCCCUCUGUCUUUCUCUCCCUCUGUCUUUCUCUCCCUCUGUCUUUCUCUCCCUCUUUCUUUCUCUCCCUCUUUCUUUCACUCCCUCUGUCUUUCUCUCCCUCUUUCUUUCUCUUCCUCUUUCCUUUCACUCCCUCUGUCUUUCUCUCCCCUCUGUCUUUCUCUCCCUCUGUCUUUCUCUCCCUCUGUCUUUCUCUCCCUCUUUCUUUCUCUCCCUCUUUCUUUCACUCCCUCUGUCUUUCUCUCCCUCUUUCUUUCUCUCCCUCUUUCUUUCUCUCCCUCUUUCUUUCACUCCCUCUGUCUUUCUCUCCCUCUUUCUUUCUCUUCCUCUUUCUUUCACUCCCUCUGUCUUUCUCUCCCUCUUUCUUUCUCUCCCUCUGUCUUUCUCUCCCUCUGUCUUUCUCUCCCUCUGUCAUCAUCACUGGCUGGUUGACUUGAGGAGAGUAACCUGAACAUUUCUACAUUUCUAAACACUUUCAGUCUCUUUAUCUGGUGGCCACCGUGUAUUAUACAACAGCCAUGUUUCAAACUGACAGCUGGUUCUACGUAGGGCUGUUACGGUGACUAUAUUACCGCCACACCGGCGGUCACGAGUCAUGAUGGUAGUCAAAUUCCACGUGACCGUUUAGUCACGGUAAAUAGGCUUUUCCAAGCUCUGAUGCUGCUGAUGGUCAUUAGUAGCCUACCAAACUUGCUAACUGCCUGGUACUCAGCACUCUAUUGUCCCUCUAAUCACUCUGACAUCAAUGCAAAUGUAAUCCAAAAUCUAAUCAAACAUUUCAUGAGAGGCCAUGAGCUCAUGUUGCGCAACAUUUCUAUAGGCUAUGCAAUUACAUGAGAAAACAGAGUGAUGGCCUCUAUUAAAAAGAGGAGGAUCCUAUCAGCUUUCUAUAGGCUUACAAUAUUUAUUUCUCAAAUUUCCUAAUAUUAAGCACAUUGCUUCUCUUUACAAGAGGUGUAUAGCCUACCUGGCUGGCAUGAAAAUGAACCACGUAAAAAGCAUCCUCCAUUUGCUAUUUAAGUGCAUAGAUGACGUAAAUUUUCCGCUGCCCCUGUUUCAAGACAGGUGCAUGAUAAUGGUCCAUUCGAAAUCAAAGCAAAUUUCACACAUAUAUUAUUUAGUAAAUUGAAAGACAAGAUUAAAUCAAGAAUCGUGUGAUGGGGUGACAAUAUUAGCCUAUCACUUGUGAAUUAUAUAUUAUCACUUGUGAAUGAUGCCCAGCUUAAGGCAAACAGUACAUUCUUCUUUUUUUUGCGACUUUUUCUAAUCAUAGUCGCAGAAAAUGUUCACAAUAAAAAUGCACCUUUAUAAUAAAAGCAUUACAUGCAUAAUCACAUUUGUGGUCACUUUUGAGAAUGGUGUUUUCCUGCUAAUGGAACAUUCACACUUCUAGCCUGCUGCCGUAUGCGCAUUGCUGCGCUUAUAGUGUGAAGAAAUAGCCUAAUAGUUUAUCAACAUUUUAAGCUAAAUGUUCUCAUCUGUUGCAUCAGGCUCAUUGCUUAAAACAGGUUUUUUUAUGCUAGUGGUUGUAUUAAUUUGGGAUCUAUCGCAUCCCUCAACUGUCCCUGACUAUGUUUGGAAUAUUUAUUUCUCACUGAAUAGAAUAGGUCAACUUUUGUACUAUGGGGGAUAGUAGAUUGACAUAAGCUAGUGCUUUUGCUGUUCGUUAGGCCUACUCAUCUUGUUGGCUGACGAAAAGUAAAUGUGGACAGUUCUUCCAAUAUCUUCAAUAUGCGACUCGGAAUUGGAUAAGGAUGCGCUCAGUUGCGUCCCCGAUGUGUCUGUCUUCACUUGUAGCUGUGAUAAAGGCCCGAUCACAUGAUGGAGAGCCAUGUGAGUGAGAGGUGCUUCGGCACGCAGCCGGGAGAAGGGAAAUAUAAUUAUUGUAUUCAGCCCAAGGGCACAAUGGCCACUGGCCGCAAAAGGCAUGGAUUUUUUUAGGGGGCAGAACGGCCACACAAAGUGGAUGCAGUCGGGAAAUUUGAGGCAUUAUCAAGUGCUUGUCAAAUUGUGAAUGAGAGACUGAUGAAGUGUGUACAGCCUGCGCAAGAAACAAAGCAGAGCUCAUGCCUUUCAUGCAACUUUUUUCAAAUCAUCAUAAGAGUCGCAUCAUGCAGCCUUAGAAUGUAUAAAAAAUCAGAACAUAUAGCCCAACAUUUGUAUCACAACUAAAGUUACAUAAAUAACUUUAAAUUAAGCGCAUAGGAGGACCUGUUUCUUUGUUAACUGCUCAACACAGAAUAGCCGCAUGUGCGCACUCCCUCAAAUCGUUUGGAGAAAAUAUCCUUUCUAUUUUAUUCCGCUAUGUUCAAUUGUAUUCUUCAUACUAUAAAAUAAUAUAAAAAUAAUGCCACGGAAUUCUAAGCAAAUAUUGUCUGCUAAAUUAACUAGUGUAGCCCACAGCCAUAUGGCAUAGUCAGAUCAGGGUCUAAUAUAAGGACAACUCAGAGUAUGCUAUUCUGUUCUUCUGAAAUAGACUACAUUUUCUUCAUAUCAUGUUUCUUUAGACCUGUCUAAAAUAAAUAAUGGAUUUAUUGUGAUGGUGUAGACUAUAUUACAUGGAUUUAUUAGACUUUUUUGUAGAUGUUCCAAAGGUCUGCAUCAGUGGCUUGUAGGCUAUGCGUGGAAGCCAGGAUAUGCUAAAAGUGUUUAUGUUCAUUAACGAUCAAUUACCGUGAGACUGGCAGUUAUUUGAUUGACAAUCACCGGCUGACAACGUUUCAUAACUGCCACAGCCCUAGUUGUAUGCUACAGUAACAGUUUAAGGCAUCCUCAACAUACUCCACAAACGGUUUAUUUUAGCAGUACGUUCAUCAACAUUCCCUCCGAAGUGUUUUGUGUAUGAGCGUGAAGUUGCUAGAUAGGUUGGUGGACACACAGGCUACUCCCACUAUCCAGGCAAAAUGCUUUCCAUGAAAACCCUUCACCAAGGCGUGUUUAGGUGUGGGAUGAUCUUUGGAAACAUUUACAGUUAUUUUUAUAUAAACGUGUUUAAAGAUGGACGACCUAUGUCAGCAUGUUUGUGUUUAUUUGUACACAUACUGUGCUGAAACGCAUACAUGUAUGAAUGUACAUACAUACUCAGUGUUUCUCUUCUCUGUGGUCAGGUGAACAUUCAGCCGUCAGAGUGGCAUCGUGCCCUCCUCCUACCCCAGGCCUGGCGAGGGUUCAUGAGCCGAGCUUACCAUGCCGUCCUACAGGUGUGCAUGCCAUAUGAAUAAUGCAUGUCUUUCUGUUUAUCUGUAUUGAGUUUGCUGGUCAAUUUAUGGUCAUGGUUGCCGUAUGAAUGCGGUUGAUUUGCGAUCAUGGUUGCUGUACCGGUAUGGUGGUUGUGUGUAUGUGGUUGCUGUGCGAUCAUGGUUGCUGUACCGGUAUGGUGGUUGUGUGUAUGUGGUUGCUGUGUGGUCAUGGUUGCUGUGACCGUGUUCAUUAGGGUCGUCGGGCAGAGCUGGAGAUGCAGCAGAAGCAAGGCAAGGAGAGUCCAGAGGAGCUGCAGUACAAACAGCACUGUGCCUGGCUCUGGUGAGAACACACACACACACACACACACACACACACACAGACACACACACACACAGACACACACACACACAGACACACACACACACACACACACACACACACACACACACAGACACACAGACACACACACACACACACACACACACACACACACACACACACACACACAGACACACACACACACACACACACACACACACACAGACACACACCUGUCUUUAAACAUGCCGUUCUAUUCCAUCAUAAUCCAGCCCAUCGACCAACAGAGCACAUUUCAUUGGUCCCUGUAGCCGACAGUGUGAUAUUAUUUAAGACUAUGGAACAACAGGACAUAGUUGACCUUUGCGGAGAUGGUAAUUUUCUGGAUUACGUCCUCUUGUCGCCACCACCAUAAAGCCCUGUCAUUUUGACCCCUCUCCCUAUAAUCAAAAACAUCUCAGCUCUUAACACAGAUUCCUCUGCCCUUUACCACUGGGGUAAAGACACAGAACUAGGAAACAUUCCUGAAUAAAUCUAGUUAGUAGUUUCUGUCACUGAGUUACACUGGAAUUAUACUACAAGAUUGACAAUAGUGUUUCUAGUUUUUGCAUGUAUCUAACUAUCUUAUUUGGAAUGCUGUUCACUUCCUAAAACAGCUCUCUGCUCAAAUUAGGGGAUCAUUUGAAGGCUGAUCUGCCAGGAAUAUGGGCUACAUAUCAAUAUUCUAAAAUAGCUUCCUCUCCUCGUCACAAGAUUCUGCUAUCUAAUUAGUUAUAUAUAUAUAUAUAUAGAUAUAUAUAUAUAGAUAUAGAUAUAUAUCUCUAUAUAUCAUAUACACUAUAUAUAUACCAUAAGAUAUAGACUUAUAGAUCAAUACCUAUAUAUAAUUAUAUACUAUAUAUAUAUAUAUAUAUAUAUAUAUAUAUAGAGAUACUAUAUUAUAUAUAGAUAUAUAUAUAUUAUAUAUAUAUUUAUAAUAUAUAUAUAGCUGACACAGUGAUAUGAGUGAAAUGUGCACAACAGAUUCUUCCAGAAAGAUAACUGAAGCGAAGAUUCCAGACAUACUAAGGUGGAUUAAAACAACUGGUCCAUCCACCACCUCCCACAACAGAGAUAACUAUACCAGUCCUAGGGUGUGUCCGAAAUGGCACCCUAAUCCUUAUAUAGUGCACUACUUUUGACCAGGGCUGGCCCGUAGAGGUCUGGUCAAAAAUAGUGCACUAUAUAGGGAAUAGGGUGCCAUUUGGGACAUACACACUGUACUAGCCCUGUCCUGCACUCCUCUUCCCUCUCCCCAUGUAGCGAGCCUCCACCUUAUAACUCAAGCCCAGAUGGUGCAAUGUCUAAGCCCUCUAGGCUAGUGAAUGAAUGACUGGCCUGGCCAAGACAUAGCCACACACACACAUUCCUAUACAUGCUGUGUGUGUGUGUGUGUGUGUGUAUAUAUAUAUGACUGCUAGUAUAUAUAUAUAUAGAUAGAUAGAUAGAUAGAUAGAUAGAUAGAUAGAUAGAUAGAUAUAAUACCAGUCAAAAGUUUGGACACACCUACUCAUUCAAGGGGUUUUCUUUUUUUUAAACAAAUCAAAAUAUAUGUUAUAUUUGAGAUUCUUCAAAAAGCCACCCUUUGCCUUGAUGACAGCUUUGCACACUCUUGGCAUUCCCUCAAACAGCUUCACCUGGAAUACUUUUCCAACAGUCUUGAAGGAGUUCCCACAUAUGCUGAACACUUGUUAGCUGCUUUUCCUUCACUCUGCGGUCCGAAUCAUCCCAAACCAUCUCAAUUUGGUUGAGGUCGGGGGUUUGUGGAGGCCAGGUCAUCUGAUGCAGCACUCCAUCAGUCUCCUUCUUGGUCAAAUAGCCCUUACACAGCCUGGAGGUGUGUUGGGUCAUUGUCCUGUUGAAAAAUAAAUGAUAGUCCCACUAAGCCAAACCAGAUGGGAUGGCGUAUCGCUGUAGAAUGCUGUGGUAGCCAUGCUGGUUAAGUGUGCCUUGAAUUCUUAAUAGAUCACAGACAGUGUCACCAUAACACCUCCUCCUCCAUGCAUUCCAGGUGAAGAUGUUUGAGAGAAUGCCAAGAGUGUGCAAAGCUGUCAUCAAGGCAAAUGGUGGCUAUUUGAAAAAUCUCAAAUAUAUUUUGAUUUUUUUUUUAGCACUUUUUGGGUUACUACAUGAUUCCAUAUGUGUUAUUUCAUAGUUUUGAUGUCUUCACUAUUAUUCUACAAUGUAGAAAAUAGUACAAAUAAAGAAAACUCCUUGAAUGAGUAGGUGUGUCCACACUUUUGACUGGUACUGUACAUAUAUGUGUACACUGAACAAAAAAAAAAUAUAUAUAUAUACUGAACAAAAAUAUAAACUAAACAAGUGUUGGUCCCAUGUUUCAUGAGCUGAAAUAAAGAUCCCAGCAUUUUUCCAUACGUACAAAAAGCUUAUUUCUCUCAAAUGUUGUGCACAAAUUUGUUUACAUUCCUGACAGUGAACAGUUCUCCUUUGCCAAGAUAAGCCAUCCACCUGACAGGUGUGGCAUAUCAAGAAGCUGAUUUAACGGCAUGAUCAUUACACAGGGGCACCUUGUGCUGGAGGCAAUAAAAGGCCACUCUAAAAUGUGCAGUUUUGUCACACAUCACAAUGCCACAGACAUCUCAAGUUUUGAGGGAGUGUGCAAUUGGCAUGCUGACUGAAUGAAUUUCCACCAGAGCUGUUGCAAAGAAUUGAAUGUUAAUUUCUCUACCAUAAGCCGCCGCCAAUGUCAUUUUAGAGAAUUUGGCAGUACCGCAGACCACCGCAGACCACAUGUAACCACACCAGCCCAGGACCUCCACAUCCGGCUUCUUCACCUGUGGGAUCGUCUGAGACCAGCCACCCGGACAGCUGAUGAAACUGGGUUUGCACAACCAAAGAAUUUCUGCACAAACUGUCAGAAACCGUCUCAGGGAAGUGACGAGAUCCUGAGGCCCAUUGUCAUGCCAUUCAUCCGCCGCCAUCACCUCAUGUUUCAGCAUGAUAAUGCACGGCCCCAUGUCGCAAGGAUCGGUACACAAUUCCUGGAAGCUGAAAAUGUCCCAGUUUGUGCAUCGCCUGCAUACUCACCAGAUAUGUCACCCAUUGAGCAUGUUUGAGAUGCUCUGGAACAACGUGUACGACAGCGUGUUCCAGUUCCCGCCAAUAUCUAGCAACUUGCCACAGCCAUUGAAGGGGAGUGGGACAACAUUCUACAGGCCACAAUCAACAGAUUGAUCAACUCUAUGCGAAGGAGAUGUGUCGCGCUGCAUGAGGCAAAUGGUGGUAACACCAGAUACUGACUGGUUUUCCGAUCCACGCCCCUGACUUUUUUUUUAUGGUGUCUGUGACCAACAGAUGUAUAUCUGUAUUCCCAGUGAUGUGAAAUCCAUAGAUUAGAGCCUAAUUUAUUUAUUUCAAUUGACUGAUUUCCUUAUAUGAACUGUAAAUCAGUAAAAUCUUUGAAACUGUUGCAUGUUGCGUUUAUAUUUUUGUUCAGUGCAUAUAAACUCAGCAAAAAAAGAAACGUCCCUUUUUCAGGACCCUGUCUUUCAAAGAUAAUUCGUGAAAAUCCAAAUAACUUAACAGAUCUUCAUUGUAAAGGGUUUAAACACUGUUUCCCAUGCUUGUUCAAUGAACCAUAAACAAAUAAUGAACAUGCACCUGUGGAACGGUCGUUAAGACACUAACAGAUUACAGACGGUAGGCAAUUAAGGUCACAGUUAUGAAAACCUAGGACACUAAAGAGGCCUUUCUACUGACUCUGAAAAACACCAAAAGAAAGAUGCCCAGGGUCCCUGCUCAUCUGCAUGAACGUGCCUUAGGCAUGCUGCAAGGAGGCAUGAGGACUGCAGAUGUGGCCAGGGCAAUACAUUUCAAUGUGCGUACUGUGAGAUGCCUAAGACAGCCCUACAGGGAGACAGGACGGAGAGCUGAUUGUCCUCGCAGUGGCAGACCAUGUGUAACAACAACUGCACAGUAUCGGUACAUCCGAACAUCACACCUGCGGGACAGGUACAGGAUGGCAACAACAACUGCCCAAGUUACACCAGGAACACACAAUGCCACCAGCCAUACUGCUUGUUCUGUGUAUGAUUUCCUGCAAGACAGGAAUGUCAGUGUUCUGCCAUGGCCAGCGAAGAGCCCGGAUCUCAAUCCCAUUAAGCACGUCUGGGACCUGUUGGAUCGGAGGGUAAGGGCUAGGGCCAUUCCCCCCAGAAAUGUCCGGGAACUUGCAGGUGCCUUGGUGGAAGAGUGGGGUAACAUCUCACAGCAAAAACUGGCAAAUCUGGUGCAGUCCAUGAGGAGGAGAUGCACUGCAGUACUUAAUGCAGCUGGUGGCCACACCAGAUACUGACUGUUACUUUUGAUUUUGACCCCCCAUUUGUUCAGGGACACAUUAUUCCAUUUCUGUUAGUCACAUGUCUGUGGAACUUGUUCAGUUUAUGUCUCAGUUGUUGAAUCUUGUUAUGUUCAUACAAAUAUUUACACAUGUUAAGUUUGCUGAAAAUAAACACUGUUUUUUUGCUGAGUUUAUAAUUCUGUAUAUAUGCACACACACACACACCAGCGGGAACAUCAGGGUCAGUGCAUGCUCUCACUGGGGCAGACAUCCGCCAUGUCACCCAGCCAUGUGAGUGAUGUGCUGCGCUCAGAUGAAAAGAGGCCGUGUGGGUGCGUGCGUGCGUGUAAUCGUAAAUCAAGGCAUGAGGAGAUGAAACGUUCACCCCCCCCGUCCAGCGAUAGAAUCUAAAUCAUCCUCCUUGUCUUCCUCCCCCACUUCUCCCACUCUAUCCCCUCCCUCUCUCCCUCUACACAGGGUCAGGGACCAGCUGACUGAUGUUGUCAAAUCUGCAGCUAAGUGAGUCUGUCCCCCGCGUUCGUCUCCUCUGCAUUGACAUUGACAUUGAAUUUCCCACUGUGUCAAGUGUAUGCAUUAACAAUGUAACUGCAAUGACAUUAAAGUUAGAAUUACAUUAGGUAAGGGAUUUUACCAAUUGUUAGUCUAUUGUUUAUACAUUUGGUGUCAACAAAACAGUGGGCCUAUACUAGACUAGGCCAGUGCCAUCAUUCAAACCCUUGAAACAGGUGGGUUAGUACUGGAUUGGAACAAAUCCUGUACGCACUGUAAGCCCCCCAACACAGGGAUCGAAGAGCACUGGCCUAUAGCCACACUGUUUGGUUGAUGAUGGCGGUGAGUCCUGCUACUGUUGUCAUGGUAACCCGGUGGUACACCUGUGUCUCCGUGGCGAUAGGGACAGUCCGGUGGUGCAGGGGAACUCCAUCUUGGCUCUGAGUGGUCUGGCUGCGGUGCUGGCCAAAUACGAGAGCAACCUGCCCGCUGACACCGAGGGUGGACUUGGGGUAAGAGCAGACUCCACACGUUAUGGGAGCAUUGGAUUUUAUGGCACUGGUACUUAUCUGGUAUUAACUAGGAAAUUAUGUGGUGUCAAGGGAUACUAGUACCCUGGUGCCUAGUGGUGUUUGUUAUAAUGAAUCUGAAGAGAAAACAACAAAUAAUGCAUGCUAAGGUUGUUACUGUGUAAUUACCAUUUUACCAUGGUAUUUCUUAUAAAAACUGUGGAUCGAGCACUGAAUGUUGAUUGGCUGACAGCCGUGGUAACAGGAAUGACAAAACAGUUAUUUUUUCUACUCUAAUUACGUUGGUAACCAGUUUAUAAUAGCAAUAAGGCACCUCAGGGGUUUGUGGUAUAUGCCAAUAUACCACGGCUAAGGGCUGUGUCCAGACACUCCGCGUUGCGUUGUGCGUAUGAACAGCCGUUAGCCGUGGUAUAUUGGCCAUAUACCAUACCCCCUCGUGCAUUAUUGCUUAAGUAAAUAGCUGGUCAUUUCUGUACCAUAAAAUAGGAAAGGAGUGUCUCUGAAAGUAUCCCAUUGUUUUACCAGAUCAUUUCCUAAUAAAUAUGAACUGAAAAAAGACUACAGUCAUCUAAAGCUUUUGCCAUUGGGUGGUGCUGUAACUCUCCCCUGCCAUGUUUGUUGUGGUAUAUGCUGUAGGUGGGCCCUGAGAUCCUGCCCACAUCCACCUGGCUGGCCAUGGUUCUGGACACUCUCCUCAGCAUCGUCAGCAGCAGCUACAAGCCCAGAGGACAAGUCUUCCCCUGGUUCCUACACGUCAGUACGCCAACCUAGCACAACAACUAGAAUUAUCACUGAAUUAUGCUGGCAGCUAAAUCAUGCUAUAUUGAUGUUACAUCAUAAAAAAGAAAUGGAUACCUGCACGCUGUUGUUGAAUGUCUCUACGAUACCAUUCAACAGUAUGGGUAGGCUUAUCUUUUUUUAUUGUUUAAUUAGUAUUUUCUUCAAUUUACCCCUCUCAGCGGUCCUACUCGGGAGAGAACACUGCCAGUGCCAUCGCCCGCUCCUGUGCCGCCCUGGCCCUGUCCCUGGUGGUGCCCGUGCUGGUGGCCUGGCACAAGGAAAGCGUGCCACAGGUCCUAGCCACCCUGAGGGCGGGGCUUCCCGGCUCGCCCACCGCAGACGACUCCCAGGCCGUCCAGUUCCACUCUGGCCUGGCCCUGGGCAUGCUGCUGUCCUGCCUGCACCAGGAGAGGCUCAGGUAGGGGGGUCUGCCAUGGGGCGGAGGGGGUGGAGAGGGGGUGGUCUGGUGUGUGUGUGUGAGUGAGAAUUGACUCUUGAGGUGUUGUGUGUCUGUUUUGUCAUUGUUCUAUUGUGAUGUUUGUUUGUAUUGUGACAUUGGAUGACAUUGGGUGUUAUUGUGUUUCUGUGGUUUCCAAAGCAUUCUCCCUCUGUUCCUUCCUUCUCUCUCUCUGGUUCAGUGAUGUGUCAGGUCAGAAGAUGACUGAGCUGUUGAUGAGUUCUCUGGACACUCUGGAAGCCUGCUGCUUUGACAGCAACCUGGAGUACAAGUGAGUGUGUCUGAAUUGCAUUUAUAAAUUAUUCAAUAAAUAUAUGAUAUGAGAAUGGCUGGAUUGGCACUACCCUACCAUCUUAUACAGUGAAUUCGGAAAGUAUUCAGACCCCUUGACUUUUUCAUCAUUUUGUUACGUUACAGCCUUAUUCUAAAAUGGAUUACAUAAAUAAACAUCCUCAUUAAUCUACACACAAUACCCCAUAAUGACAAAGCGAAAACAGGUUAUUAGAAAUGUUUUGCUAAUAAAACAUUUUUUUUAAACAGACCCUUUGCUAUGAGACUUGAAAUUGAGCUCAGGUGCAUCCUCUUUCCAUUGAUCAUCCUUGAGAUGUUUCUAUAACUUGAUUGGUAAAUUCAAUUGAUUGGACAUGAUUUGGAAAGGCACACACCUGUCUAUAUAAGGUCCCACAGUUGACAGUGCAUGUCAGAGCAAAAACCAAGCCAUGAGGUCGAAGGAAUUGUCCGUAGAGCUCCGAGACAGGAUUGUGUCGAGGCACAGAUCUGGGGAAGGGUACCAAAAAAUGUCUGCAGCAUUGAAGGCCCCCAAGAACACAGUGGCCUCCAUCAUUCUAAAAUGGAAGAAGUUUGGAACUACCAAGACUCUUCCUAGAGCUGGCCACCCGGCCAAACUGAGAAAUCGGGGGAGAAGUGCCUUGGUCAAGGAGGUAACCAAGAACCCGAUGUUCACUCUGACAGAGUGCCAGAGUUCCUCUGUGGAGAUGGGAGAACCUUCCAGAAGGACAACCAUCUCUGCAGCACUCCACCAAUCAGGCCUUUAUGGUAGAAUGGCCAGACAGAAGCCACUCCUCAGUAAAAGGCACAUGACAGCCUGCUUGGAGUUUGCCAAAAGGCACCUAAAGGACUCUCAGACCAUAAGAAACAACAUUCUCUGGUCUGAUGAAACCAAGAUUGAACUCUUUGGCCUGAAUGCCAAGCGUCACAUCUGGAGGAAAACGAUGCUCCCCAUCCAACCUGACAGAGCUUGAGAGGAUCUGCAGAGAAGAAUGGGAGAAACUCCCCAAAUACAGGUGUGCCAAGCUUGUAGCGUCAUACCGAAGACUCAAGGCUGUAAUCGCUGCCAAAGGUGCUUCAACAAAGUACUGAGUAAAGGGUCUGAAUACUUAAUACUUAUGGAAAUGUGAUAUUUCCCUUUCUUAUUUUUUUUUAUAAAUUUGCAAAAUUAUGGGGGUAUUGUGUGUAGUUUAAUAAGGGGGGAAAAAAACACUUUAAUCCAUUUUAGAAUAAGGCUGUAACGUAACAAAAUAUGGAAAAAGUCAAGGGGUCUGAAUACUUUCCGAAUGCACUGUACAUGUGCGUGCGUAUGAGGUGGCAAGCUUUCAGAUGGUGCAACUAUGUACUCCCCUACUAUCUUCCGUUUUUCACUACCUCUCCUGUCCUUUCUCCAGUGCCGGCUGUGUGCUGGGCCUAGGCCUGGUGCUGGGGGCCCUGAGUGGCAGUGGACAGACAGAACACAGGGCCCGUGUGGGCCUCACCCUGGACAAACUGCUGGAGGCCCUACAGGGGGACAGCAGCAAUCAGGGUCGCAUGCUGCAGGAGGUGUGGCCCAAAUCUUCAUAUUAGUCAUACAAAUAUGAAUUGUAACCAAUAACGUUCUCAAUCACUGCUGUUUUACUGUGAAGGGUCAUAUUUGACAGCUGAAGCAGCGCCAUUUUGUUUUCUUGACGAGGCUUUAUAACGAUGUCUUCCCUUAAAUAAAGAAUGUAUAAUGUUAACAGAUAAUAUUAAUAGUCUGCUCACCUUUUAUAAAUCCUUAUUUGUACAUUAGUAAAUGUGCAUAUGCUAUUUCCUUCCCUCAUUCAUUUCCUCCCUCCCUCCCUAGGUGUUUGCCUACUCUGUAGCAGGUGUGGGGGUGGCAGCCUUCAGUGGAGGGGUUGUUGAUGCCCUUAAAGCAGAGGAGAUCAUGAGCACUCUCCGUAACAUGACAGAGGAGAGCCAGCAGGUGAGAUGGCACAUUUUCAUGAGUGUGCGCAAGUGUGUGUGUGUGUGUGUGUGCGCGCCUGCGUGCGUGCAUGCAUGCUCUGUAUAGUAAUAUGUUCAGUGGUUGUUCACGCGAAGUUUGUGUGUGUAUGUGUAAUGUUGUUAAUCUACAACUAUAAGUCUUUCCUGUGUUGUCCAGACUCCAGGAUUCUCAUUGGCUCUGGGCCUGGUUGUUCACGGUCUGUCGUCCUGCGGCCACGGCAAGGCAGAGGACAUCCAACCCCGCCUUCUGGAUGCCUGGAUCAAGAUCCUACUGGCUGAGGUACUGGAGCGACAACCAGGGCAGAGCAAACGUUUACCAAUGUUCCAAACAAGCUAUUUUAAACGAUGGGCCUGGAAUCGCAAGAGAUUCCUGCCAAUGAACAGUAUGAGCCCCUUGCGAGAUGAUACAAUUCCGGCUGUAAUUAAUUGAGUAAGGUCUCCUCCCCUGUGUUGCAGGGCUGUCCCACCAUGCAGAGGCUGGCUGCUGUCAACGGCCUGGUGGCUCUGGUGGGAUCAGAGACUGGCAUCCUUCAGGUGAGACUUCCUACAUUUGGGAUGGGGUUAGUGGAAUCUAACUUAAAAGUGCAGUAAUCCUCCCAAAUGAACAGUUCUAAAACCUCCCCCUAGAUAAAGCCAAACACCUAUUUAUGGCUUUACAUGUGCAAUGGUAGAGUGUGUUCUAAGUGAAUAUACGCAAAGAUUAUGGAUAUACUGACAAGAUGUCUCUCCACCCUAACAAUGGGAGUCGUUGUCCACAAAGUGACACGGCGGGCUGUCGAGCUCCCGCCUAUCCUUUCUUUCGAUUGGCGGAUACAUCUCAUUAUUGUAAUUCCUUUUUUGAAUAUUCGAUGAAGGUUGUUGACGUCAACCGCAUCUAUUCCAUGGAGAGAGAUGCUAUGCUACUAGCCUCAUGUCAUGAAUAUGCAUAGCCAUCUCGAGGACCACUCCGAUAUAAAGUAUUUUUUCUCAAAGUUGCCGGGAUGUCACAUGUCCUACUUAUAUCAGUACACUCGUAACAACUUAAGCAUUACGGGACUUCUAUUAGAUAAAAUAAACCUCACGUAGCAAAUAAGCCAUUCAUUAUUUUGGGACCAAAUUCGACACACUCUCAUUAACCUCCAUACAAAAACUCCUUGCUUGGCGAAACAACGCCACCUGCUGGAGGGAGACUGAUUUUCUGCCGAGUUGGGCCUCUUCCAAUUCCUCUCUGUUACAAGUGACAGUGAGAGUCUGUUCUCUCCCUUCCAGCUGAAGAAUGAAUCUGAGCAGUCCUCCCAGCAGCAGGGCAGACUGAACGAGGUCAUACGGGCCAUCACACAGGUAAGAACAUUGAUUGAUUGAUGACUUUUACUGUCCUUCAAGAGGAUAUUGUUUUAACAGCUCACAAGGGACAUGCAUAAAGAAACAAACAACAAACAACAAGCAAUAAACUAACACUGCUCCUGUCUUUCACCUGUAGGUCAUCACAUUCUCGGGGGCCAUCGGGCUGCAGUCUAACAGUGCCUGUCUGGUGGGGCAUCUCCACCUGGCCCACAUGUCCACCAGCCAUAGCCGCACAGCAGGUAAGGACUACAAAACAACAUGCCUCAGACCUAACAUACCUAGAGAUUCGUGGCUCCAUAGAGAUCAUAUAACUCAGUGAUUCUAUACAGUCGUGGCCAAAAAUAUUAUCAUCCUUGCACUUGUUUCAAAUAAUGCACAAUUCCUGUAGACAUUUCUGUUGAAGUUAAAAAAUAUUUUGGUAUCCACAUACACUACCAGUCAAAAGUUUGGACACACCUACUUAUUCAAGGGUUUUUCUUUAUUUAUACUAUUUUCUACAUUGUAGAAUAAUAGUAAAGACCUCAAAACUAUGAUAUAACACAUAUGGAAUCAUGUAGUAACCAAAACAGUGUUCAACAAAUCUAAAUAUAUUUGAGAUUCUUCAAAGUAGCCACCCUUUGCCUUGAUGACAGCUUUGCACAUUCUUGGCAUUCUCUCAACCAGCUUCACCUGGAAUGUUUUGAAUAGUUUGAAUAGAGAAAAUGAUUAAUUAUCCUGUUUUGUGUUUCUUUGUGUACCGCAAUGAGCAUGGAGAAAAUAAAGAAAACCAGAGAACUAUCUGAGGAGGUCAGACACAAGAUUGUAGCCAAGCAUGGACAAUCUCAAGGCUAGAAGUUCAUCUCCAGGGACCUUGAUGUUCCUGUUUCCACUGUGCGUAAUGUUAUCAAGAAGUUUAAGGCCCAUGCCACUGUAGCCAACCUCCCUGGACGUGGCCGCAAGAGAGAACUUGAUGGAAGAUUGCAGCGAAGGAUUGUUUGAAUGGUGGAGAAAGCACCUCGAUCAACUGCCACACAGAUUCAAGCUGACCUUCAGACAAAAGGUACGACAGUUUCAACUCGCACCAUCCGUCGCCAACUCGAUGAAAGGGGGUUAUAUGGUAGGAGACCCAGGAGGACCCCACUGCUGCGAGAGAGACAUAAGAAAGGCCGACUGCAAUUUUCCAAAACACACCUGAACAUGCCAAAAUCCUUCUGGGAGAAUGUCCUGUGAACAGAUGAGACCAAAUUAAAGCUUUUUGGUGAAGCACACCAUCUCUAUGUUUACAGAAAACAAAAUGAAGCCUUCAAAGAAAAGAACACCUUCCCUACAGUCAAACAUGGAGGAGGUUCAGUGAUGUUUUGGGGUUGCUUUGCUGCCUCUGGCACUGGGUGCUUUGAAUGUGUGCAUGGCAUCAUGAAAUCAGGAGAAUACCAAGGCAUUUUGGAGCACAGUGUCGGACCCAGUGUCAGAAAGCUGGGUCUCUGUCGAAGGUCAUGGGUCUUCCAGCAGGACAAUGACCUCAAACACACUUAAAAAAGCACCCAGGAACGGUUCCAGACAAAAUGCUGGACUGUUCUGAAGUGGCCAGCAAUGAGUCCAGAUCUAAAUCCCAUUGAAAACUUGUGGAGAGAUCUGAAAAGAGCAGUUGGGAGAAGGCACCCUUCAAAUCUGGGAGAACUGGAGCAGUUUGCAGAAGAGGAGUGGGCCAAACUGCCAGUACAGAGGUGCAGGAAGCUCAUUGAUGGCAAUAGGAAGCGCUUGAUUGCAGUAAUUGUGACCAAAGGCUGUGCUACCAAUCAUUAAGUCUAGGGUGUCAAUAAUUUUGUCAAUGCCAUUUCUGUUUAUUUUCUGAUUUAAAUGGAUGUAUUAAGUUCUGAAUGAAAAACAAAGGUUCUGUAAUGUUACCGGUAAAAUAAAGAAUUGUGGAGACCAAAUACUAUUUUUAGGGGGAAUUGUGAGUUACAGUGGGGGAAAAAAGUAUUUAGUCAGCCACCAAUUGUGCAAGUUCUCCCACUUAAAAAGAUGAGAGAGGCCUGUAAUUUUCAUCAUAGGUACACGUCAACUAUGACAGACAAAUUGAGGAAAAAAAAUCCAGAAAAUCACAUUGUAGGAUUUUUAAUGAAUUUAUUUGCAAAUUAUGGGGGAAAAUAAGUAUUUGGUCACCUACAAACAAGCAAGAUUUCUGUCUCUCACAGACCUGUAACUUCUUCUUUAAGAGGCUCCUCUGUCCUCCACUCGUUACCUGUGUUAAUGGCACCUGUUUGAACUUGUUAUCAGUAUAAAAGACACCUGUCCACAACCUCAAACAGUCACACUCCAAACUCCACUAUGGCCAAGACCAAAGAGCUGUCAAAGGACACCAGAAACAAAACUGUAGACCUGCACCAGGCUGGGAAGACUGAAUCUGCAAUAGGUAAGCAGCUUGGUUUGAAGAAAUCAACUGUGGGAGCAAUUAUUGGGAAAUGGAAGACAUACAAGACCACUGAUAAUCUCCCUCGAUCUGGGGCUCCACGCAAGAUCUCACCCCGUGGGGUCAAAAUGAUCACAAGAACGGUGAGCAAAAAUCCCAGAACCACACGGGGGGGCCUAGUGACUGACCUGCAGAGAGCUGGGACCAAAGUAACAAAGCCUACCAUCAGUAACACACUACGCCGCCAGGGACUCAAAUCCUGCAGUGUCAGACGUGUCCCCCUGCUUAAGCCAGUACAUGUCCAGGCCCAUCUGAAGUUUGCUAGAGUGCAUUUGGAUGAUCCAGAAGAGGAUUGGGAGAAUGUCAUAUGGUCAGAUGAAACCAAAAUAUAACUUUUUGGUAAAAACUCAACUCGUCGUGUUUGGAGGACAAAGAAUGCUGAGUUGCAUCCAAAGAACACCAUACCUACUGUGAAGCAUGGGGGUGGAAACAUCAUGCUUUGGGGGUGUUUUUCUGCAAAGGGACCAGGACGACUGAUCCGUGUAAAGGAAAGAAUGAAUGGGGCCAUGUAUCGUGAGAUUUUGAGUGAAAACCUCCUUCCAUCAGCAAGGGCAUUGAAGAUGAAACGUGGCUGGGUCUUUCAGCAUGACAAUGAUCGCAAACACACCGCCCGGGCAACGAAGGAGUGGCUUCGUAAGAAGUGGCGCAGUGGUCUAAGGCACUGAAUCGCAGUGCUAGCUGUGCCACUAGAGAUCCUGGUUCGAAUCCAGGCUCUGCUGUAGCCGGCCGCAACCGGGAGACCAAUGGGGCGGCGCACAAUUGGCCCAGCGUCGUCCAGGGUAGGGGAGGGAAUGGCCGGCAGGGAGGUAGCUCAGUUGGUAGAGCAUGGCGUUUGCAACGCCAGGGUUGUGGGUUCGAUUCCCAUGGGGUAUGAAAAAAAAUAAAAAAAAUAAAAAUUAAGAAUUAUGUAUGCACUAACUGUAAGUCGCUCUGGAUAAGAGCGUCUGCUAAAUGACGUAAAUGUAAAAUAUGUAAAUGUAAUUUCAAGGUCCUGGACUGGCACAGGCCAGUCUCCAGAUCUCAACCCCAUAGAAAAUCUUUGGAGGGAGUUGAAAGUCUGUGUUGCCCAGCGACAGCCCCAAAACAUCACUGCUCUAGAGGAGACCUGCAUGGAGGAAUGGGCCAAAAUACCAGCAACAGUGUGUGAAAACCUUGUGAAGACUUACAGAAAACGUUUGACCUGUGUCAUUGCCAACAAAGGGUAUAUAACAAAGUAUUGAGAAACUUUUGUUAUUGACCAAAUACUUAUUUUCCACCAUAAUUUGCAAAUAAAUUCAUUAAAAAUCCUACAAUGUGAUUUUCUGGAUUUCUUUUUCUUGUUUUGUCUGUCAUAGUUGACGUGUACCUAUGAUGAAAAUUACAGGCCUCUCUCAUCUUUUUACAUUUACAUUUACGUCAAUUAGCAGACGCUCUUAUCCAGAGCGACUUACAAAUAGGUGCAUUCACCUUAUAGCCAGUGGGAUAACCACUUUACAAUUAUUAUUAUGAAAAAAAACAAUUUGGGGGGGGGGGUAGAAGGAUUACUUUAUCCUAUCCCAGGUAUUCCUUAAAGAGGUGGGGUUUCAAAUGUCUCCGGAAGGUGGUGAGUGACUCCGCUGUCCUGGCGUCGUGAGGGAGCUUGUUCCACCAUUGGGGUGCCAGAGCAGCGAACAGUUUUGACUGGGCUGAGCGGGAACUAUGCUUCCGCAGAGGUAGGGGAGCCAGCAGGCCAGAGGUGGAUGAACGCAGUGCCCUCGUUUGGGUGUAGGGACUGAUCAGAGCCCGAAGGUACGGAGGUGCCGUUCCCCUCACAGCUCCGUAGGCAAGCACCAUGGUCUUGUAGCAGAUGCGAGCUUCAACUGGAAGCCAGUGGAGUGUGCGGAGGAGCGGGGGUGACGUGAGAGAACUUGGGAAGGUUGAACACCAGACGGGCUGCGGCAUUCUGGAUGAGUUGUAGGGGUUUAAUGGCACAGGCAGGGAGCCCAGCCAACAGCGAGUUGCAGUAAUCCAGACGGGAGAUGACAAGUGCCUGGAUUAGGACCUGUGCCGCUUCCUGUGUAAGGCAGGGUCGUACUCUCCGAAUGUUGUAGAGCAUGAACCUACAGGAUCGGGUCACCGCCUUGAUGUUAGCGGAGAAUGACAGGGUGUUGUCCAGGGUCAGGCCAAGGCUCUUCGCACUCUGGGAGGAGGACACAACGGAGUUGUCAACCGUGAUGGCGAGAUCAUGGAACAGGCAGUCCUUCCCCGGGAGGAAGAGCAGCUCCGUCUUGCCAAGGUUCAGCUUGAGGUGGUGAUCCGUCAUCCAUACUGAUAUGUCUGCCAGACAUGCAGAGAUGCGAUUCGCCACCUGGUUGUCAGAAGGGGGAAAGGAGAAGAUUAGUUGUGUGUCGUCAGCGUAGCAAUGAUAGGAGAGGCCAUGUGAGGAUAUGAUAGAGCCAAGUGACUUGGUGUAUAGUGAGAAUAGGAGAGGGCCUAGAACUGAGCCCUGGGGGACACCAGUGGUGAGAGCACGUGGUGCGGAGACAGCUUCUCGCCACGCCACUUGGUAGGAGCGACCGGUCAGGUAGGACGCAAUCCAAGAGUGAGCCGCGCCGGAGAUGCCCAGCUCGGAGAGGGUGGAGAGGAGGAUCUGAUGGUUCACAGUAUCAAAGGCAGCAGACAGGUCUAGAAGGACAAGAGCAGAGGAGAGAGAGUUAGCUUUAGCAGUGCGGAGAGCCUCCGUGACACAGAGAAGAGCAGUCUCAGUUGAAUGACCAGUCUUGAAACCUGACUGGUUUGGAUCAAGAAGGUCAUUCUGAGAGAGAUAGCAAGAGAGUUGGCUAAAGAUGGCACGCUCAAUAGUUUUGGAGAGAAAAGAAAGAAGGGAUACUGGUCUGUAGUUGUUGACAUCAGAGGGAUCGAGUGUUGGUUUUUUGAGAAGGGGUGCAACUCUCGCUCUCUUGAAGACGGAAGGGACAUAGCCAGCGGUCAAGGAUGAGUUGAUCAGCGAGGUGAGGUAAGGGAGAAGGUCACCGGAGAUGGUCUGGAGAAGAGAGGAGGGGAUAGGGUCAAGCGGGCAGGUUGUUGGGCGGCCUGCCGUCACAAGUCGCAAGAUUUUAUCUGGAGAGAGAGGGGAGAAAGAAGUCAAAGCAUAGUGGGAGAACAUAAGCAUAAGUGGGAGAACUUGCACAAUUGGUGGCUGACUAAAUACUUUUUUCCCCCACUGUACUAUUUUUGGCCACGGCUGUAUGUACUUCUGUGCAUGACUCAGUAUUUUCUUUUAAAUACUUUAGGUGGACUUAGCUUGCCCUGUAUAACACAACUAAUGGAGUAGUGCUAAAUGUGUAAAUCCUGCCCCUUCCAACGCAUGGAAAAAAGCUUAGUCAAGCACCCCCCUCUCUCUCUCUCAGUGCCCCAGGACUUCAGUUACCUCCCAGAGAAGAGUGUGAUCAGGUCUGUUGUGGACUUCCUCACCGAGGCAGGGAAGAAAGGUCCAGAGUUUGCCCACCCUAGCCUGGUGAAGACAGUCCUGGGCCCCCUGGCCACAGUGGGAGGGAGUUACCAGUACCCCCCUGUCAACUGGAGCGCCAUCCUGUCCCCUCUCAUGAGGCUCAACUUUGGUACUGUGAUACCCUCCCCACCUAACACUCUGUUCCACAUAGUCAUACACUCUCAGUAGGAAAGGACAAAUAAAUAAAUAAAUGAAAAUAUGUAUACACAUGCAGGCACACACACACACAGUGAAAGCUUAGCAAUCAUGUAUUAGCAAAAUACAUGUUAUUUCCCAACAGGUGAGAUGGUCCAACACCAAUGUAUAGAGCUGGCAUCCAACCAAGCCCAGUCUUCCCAGAGUGCAUCUCUCUUCCUGGGGGUGUGGCUGAGCCCUCCCCUGGUCCACAGUCUUAGUGUGAGUCCUCCAUAACCCAGUUUGUAAUCCUCUAUAUAAUAUGCCAUUCAGGGCUUUUCAAUUCUCAAUGUCAGUGGAUGGUCAAAGUAUUAUGGGUUUCAUUUUCUCCCUGGAAGUUAAUUGGUCAAUUAUUGUUGUUGAUUGGCCAGACAUUACAGCUUGUAAUAAACACCCCUGGAAACAAAGUGAAGAGUGCGAGCCCUCCAUUCAUUCUUCCUCCACGGUUCUCUCCCCCAGAUGCGGACGCGAGGUCACCUGUACCACAAUCUCUCUGUAUGGAUGAAGCACGUGUCGGAGGACAAGCUCCAGGUGUACGUGGAGACCCUGGGUCUGCAGCAGUUCCAGCAGGAUGUCCGGCCCCAGCGCCUGGCCCUCUGUCUGUCCCUAGUACGGGGGCUGGCACAGGCCAUGGCCCUCCCCAACCCGCCCAACACCAUCUGGGCCGUCCUGUGUACUACUACAGAGAAGAUCUUCAACCUACUCCCCAACCACAUACAGGCAGGGGAAAUCUUUAUUUUUAGACAAGUACACCUGUCAGUUAUUCUUCUUAGUCAAUCAUACGACAAGGAAUGGCUGGUGUGCGAGACUAGUGAUCACUAAACAUAUUGAAUAUCGACCAUGCACUGAGAUGUAUGUCCAUGGUUUAUUAUAGGACCAAGAGGUGGACCUGUACGUGGGAGUCUCCAAAUGUCUGUCUGAGUUGGCUGACACAGAGAUCGACCGCAUCGCCCAAGUCACAGAGGUACUGAUGUCACCUCACCUCACGCGUCAUUAAAAUCAACCUUCUCCAAAACUAAUGUCUUCUUCCUGCUGCUUUUCUAUUUUGUCCAAAUCGAUCACAUCCCUUCUUUGAGUGAUAUGUUGCUCUCUUGCCCCCUCUACAGGCUCAGAUGGAAAAGACCGGCUUCAUCCUGGCUCACCUCACCUCCCAGGGCCGAGUGCCACUCCUGGGCCUCAACGACGUCAUCGCUGCCGUGCUCCGGGGUUGGUCCAGCCACAAAGUGGGCUGGCUCCUCCUGCAGACUUUCUACCAAUGCCGUCUGGCCGCCAGCCCCAACACAGGUCAGCCCAGCAACCAAUUAGCUUUCAGGGCUGGCGGAUUUCAAAGUUGUGCUUGAACUGAUCUGACCUUUAGACCUAUAGAAGUGCCAAGGGGGGGGGGGUCAGGGGUAUUUUCAAAGUUUUUGUAAUAUACUGCAUAAUUUAUUGGUAAUUCAAGUACUCCUAAAGUGUUUUUGUUCUAGCUGCAAAAGCACACGUGAUUGAAAUACUUAUUAGUUGGAUCACGUGUGCUUGUGCAGGUUUAGAAUAACAACAUGUAACGUCGAGGGUACUGGGGGACCAGCGUUGAGGAAACCCUGGUUAAAACAAGUACACUUUCUAGGUGUGUCCAAACGAAUGGAGUGGCUUUUGGAGCUGAUGGGACUCAUAAGAAAUGUUGCUUACGGAGUGACCUCUGUCAAAUGUGGAGACACCAGGCAGGUCAGUACAGUAUAUUAACACUAUUCUCAGAAACACAUACACAGGUGCUGUGUUAUUUCUGUGUAUGUGUGUGCACGUGUGUGAACCUGUGUGAAUUGAUACACCGUCACAUGGGAUAGCUGGUAUGUUUAGAGGUCACGUGCAGGUGAGAUAUUGGUACAGUGAGCUCCAAAGGUAUUAGGACAGUAACUUUCUCACUCAUCAUUAUUCCAGAUUCUUUCAGGAUUAUCCGUAAUCAUGGUAGCAUCCACAUUAAUGUAGACGUGUUUAGAAAAAGAUUUAUUCUUAUUUACAAUAAAAGUGACUCCAAAAUGACAAUUAUUUACCAUUCAUUUCUAUUGGGCAUAAAAUAAUCUGAAACACAACCAAAACAAACAGCAAUUGAAUCCAACAAAUGUGUAGUCACAAGCUUGAUGUAGUCAUUGCGUGCUAUGAAUAUGGGACCAAAUACUUAAUAUUUUACUAUUUUAAUACACAUACAGUUCAUUCUGAAAGUAUUCAGACCCCUUCCCUUUUUCCACAUUUUGUUACGUUACAGCCUUAUUCUAAAUUGGAUUAAAUAAAUAAAAAUCCUCAUCAAUCUACACACAAUACCCCAUAAUGACCAAGCGAAAACAGGUUUUUAGAAAUGUUUGCAAAUGUAUUACAAAUAAAAAACAGAAAUACCGUAUAAAAAGUCAAGGGGUCUGAGUACUUUCUGAAUGUACUGUAUAUUGUACAUUUGUCCCAAUACUUUUGGUCCCCUAAAAUGUGUGGACUGUGUACAUAAAUUGCUGUAAUUUCUGAACGGUUCACCCGAUAUGGAUGAAAAUACCCUCAAAUUAAAGCUGACAGUCUGCACUUUCACCUCAUAGACAUUGUAUCAUUUCAUACCCAAAGUGCUGGAGUACAGAGCCAAAACAACAACACAUUUGUCCCAAUACUCUUGGAGCUCACUGUAUGUGCUGCAGGUCUGUAGUGAGUGGGUUCUGGCUGAAUGGCUAUUAUUCAGGAAUUACUUUGGAAUGUCGACCCUCGUGAAAAUGGUGUGAUUUCUGACCUGCGUUCUAUUUGUUAGCAUUGGUAUGCUUUUAUAGUCUUUUAAUCAGGAAGUCUAUUUGUGUGUUGCAUAUACUUGGGCUGAAUAACCUGGACUUCAUUUCCCAUCAUCCUGUGCAGGCCACAGACUUCCUGCUCCAGGUAUUUGCUGCGGCGGUGAUCUCCUGGGGCGACCACACCAUGCCCCUCCUUCUGGGCGUUAGGACCCAGUGGUUUCCAUGGCAGCAGGGGUCAAAGCCGCCCGGUCUACCUCACGCCCUCUACGGUGACACCGCGCUGGCCGAGCAGUCAGUCUCACUAUGCCUGUUGGGAUUGCCCCACAGCCUGAGACAGCUAUUGGCUAAAGAGCCCUGGAGGGAACAGUCACAGAAGGUAGGUCCCCAACCUCCACACAUUGAUCAUUUUCUUUGUGUGAUGACAAUGAGGUUUACUAUGUGGAAAGCGAUAACAAAAGACACUACUACGCUCUAAACAAGAUAAGAGAUGAAUAAUGUCCGUGAAUUGGUAGCAGACAGUUACCAAUAAGUAAACUGUUUUUGUGUGUUUCUUAGUUCAUAGAUUGGCUUUUCAGCAUCACUGAAGGUCCUGAAACUGGUCUGUCAGAGACUUCCAUCAACACUGCCAAAGGUGAGACACAGCGCCACAAAGCUCAAUGUCCAAUUCAUAAUAUGGUCAUUUAGCAGACACUUUUAUAUGGCAAAAUAGGAAGUACAUGCAGUAUUUCAAGGCAAAAGGGUGAGCACACUGGCUUUUCCCCCCCCCAAAACUAACAUUGAUGAAAUGAUUUUGGGCACUGACCAUUCUCUACUUCUCUAAGUAGUGGUUUCUCACACCCCACCGUUUUUUCUCUAAGUAGUGGUUUCUCACACCCCACCGUUUUUUCUCUAAGUAGUGGUUUCUCACACCCCACCGAUUUUUCUCUAAGUAGUGGUUCCUUACACCCCCCCGAUCUUCUCUCCCUUUUCCGUACAGCUGCCUUGCUGGCUCUGAAGUCCUCCACGGAGUUCAAGAAAAAAGCGGUGUGGACGCGAGCGUACGGCUGGUAA